AUGCCGGGAAGCGGCGGCGGCGUGCGCUCUCCCGACCGGAGCUUCCUCGGGGCGGUGCCGUCCCGGGGCCCGCCUCCCCGGGUUGAGGCCGAGGGGCCGCCGCCGCCGCCGGACCGAGGGAGCGCCAGGACAGCGCGAUCGCCCGUCCGCCUGCGCCUUCCCGCCGCCCUCCUCCCCGCGAUGCCCGUCGGGGCCUCCCCGUCGGCCAAGACCCGCUACAGCCUGGUGGACGACCGGCACGACCUGCGCGUCCCGCUGCACAACGACGACGCCUUCCAGCACGGCAUCGCCUUCGAGGCCAAGGUAGGCGCCCGGCGAGAGGUCGAGAGGGCUCCUGAGCGCGUACAGAAAGCCUCUCCUUUCCGAGGCGCGCGCUCGGGAAGCGCUUCUCCCAGCGGUGCUUUGUGGGGACGGCAAUUGGCCUCAUCUGUUCCUUGGGAUGAGGUUGUGCGCUCUGCACGUGCUCCAGAGCACCCUUGCUCCGCAUCUGGAUGCCAGCCUCGACGGGGGAGAAGGGAGUGUAGGGGCCAGCCCGGUUCGAGUCGAAGGAAAGAGCGCUUUGGAGGGGGGGUGUCCUGUUGUCUCGCAAGGCUCGCCCGUGCCAAGGCGAGGAGGUGGUUCCGAGUCUGCUUGUGCCCCGCGCAAAGGGCACGAGGUCUGCCCAGGGAGUGGGCACCGAGCAAGCUGGCUUUCCUGGGUGCCCCUUCCUGGUGCCCUUUGCUGGGAUCUCCAAUAAUAACCUCAAAUAUACCAAUUUAUAAUACAGUUAUUAAUAGCAAUAGCCUGCUGGGAUCUCCAAGUCCCGGAGUGGCACGGGAGCAGGUGCCCUUUGUCUCUUGUUUGCCAAGCAGGCAGGUGUGCCCUCUUCUUCCCCUCCCUGCCAGGAGAGAAACAGGGCAGCGCUUACCCACCUGCCCUCUCCGCUCUUGGCUUGCUCUGAAUCAGGAGGGGAGACCCUGGGCAAAGGCGGCUGGGCAUCUCAGGUUGCUGGUGCCAGCUUUGUGCUGGGGUCCCUGCCAUGGCACCUGCAGGCACUGCCCCCUUCAUCUUGGGGGGUGGCUUUUGCUUCUCCCCUCCCCUUUUAAAAGUGAAUAGAGUUGAAGGACGAAGUUGAAACUCGCUUUGCUUUCCAGUCCUUGGUCAGUCAGAGCGAUGGAGAGAAAGGGUGGGUGGGUGGGUGUGAUUUGGGGGGGAGAAAGAUGGUGCGGGGGGGGAAUGUGGGAUGCCACCGGAGCCGAGGGAGAAAGGGGUGACAUCUUCUUCUUCUUCUUUGUCGAUCACUCGUAGCCAAGUAAGAUUGUUUUCCAUAAACACGGUUUUAACAAUGAGUCCAAAAGGGACUGUGGAGGCCAAUUCUGGAUCCACACGUCCUUCCACAGUGGGGACAUUGGUUUCCGGGCGGGAGUUGAUCACGGUGUGGAUUUGCCAAGUGUGCCUUCCUCUUAGCACGUUUCUCCCUUGCGACCUGAGUUCAAGUGUCUUCAAAGCCCAUGACACCUUUGGUAAAGGCUGUUCUCCAAUUGGAGCGCUCACAGGCCAGUGCUUCCCAGUUGUCAGUGUUUAUACUACAUUUUUUUAGAUUUGCCUUGAGAGAGUCUUUAAACCUCUUUUGUUGACCACCAGCAUUACGCUUUCCAUUUUUAAGUUCGGAAUAGAGUAGUUGCUUUGGAAGACGAUUGGGUGACAUAGUGCUGUUGAAAUUGCAUUUUUAAAAUGUGUCGUCUGUCCCCCCCAGCAACCCCUGUCCUGCUUCAUCCUUCACCUCAGCCAGAAAGCUUUCUCUCUGCCACAUACUUUGGCACAGCCUCCUAAUGUACCCUGACUGCGUUACGUUGAUCACCCAUUGCUCAAAACAAUGACAACAACCUAAAUGACAACAAAAACGAUGACAACAACCUAUUGCUCAUUCCGCCUCUAAAGCACGCUGCACUGGCCUUAUUAUUAUCAUUAUUUAUUGAAUUUAUAUACCGCCCUAUACCUGGGAGUCUCAGGGCGGUUCGCAGAAUAAAAUCAAGAUAUAAAACCACAAAAUACAUAAUAAAAACAACCAUCCAAUACCCCCUCCAAAAAAAAACAUUUUAAAAGGGCAUAGGAUGUCAAUCGGGUCAACCAAAGGCCUGUUUAAAAAGGAAUGUGUUUGGCUGGUGCCUAAAGGUGUCUAAUGAAGGUGUCAGGCGAACCUCCCUGGGGAGAGCAUUCCACAGAUGGGGAGCCACUGCAGAAAAGGCCCCGUUCUCGUGUUGCUACCCUCCGAACCUCUCGAGGAGGAGGCACACGAAGGAGGGCCUCAGAAGAUGAUAUCAGGGUCUGGGUAGCUUCAUAUGGAAAGAGGCAGUCCUUGAGGUAUUGUGGUCCUGAACUGUUUAAGGUUUUAUAGGUCAAAACCAGCACUUUGAAUUGGGCCCGGAAAUGAAUUGGUAUCCAGUGCAGUCGGACCAGGAUUGGUGUAAUAUGUUCAAACCGUCUUGCUCUGGUGAGCAACCUGGCUGCUGAAUUCUGCCUUAUCACAAGGCAAGCAAGGGCAGGAAGCAACGGAAGACAGAAGCAGGCAUUGCAUCUUAGCAGUGCCAGGGAGGGGAGUGUGGGAAUAGGUUGGACUCAUGGAUAGAGCAGCGGACCAUCUGGUGUGGGGCUCCGUAGGGAGACAGCUUACCCAUGUGAGUAAGUGUAGGAGCGGAACAAAAUGGGCAAGUAAGAGGAAAUUUGAGCGUCCAGGGAAGGAAUAUUGUGAUCUGCUUUGGAAAGACACUUGGUUUUGCAAAACAGCAUGCAUUAAAUAAAUCAAUAAAUCAAAUUAGGCGACGUAUUGCAGCAAACAACAGGGACGCGGGUGGUGCUGUGGGUUAAACCACAGAGCCCAGGACUUGCCGAUCAGAAGGUUGGCGGUUCGAAUCCCGGUGACGGGGUGAGCUCCCGUUGUUUGGUCCCUGCUCCUGCCAACCUAGCAGUUCGAAAGCACCUCAAAGUGCAAGUAGAUAAAUAGGUACCGCUCCAGCGGGAAGGUACCGUAUUUUUCGCUCUAUAACACGCACCCGACCAUAACACACACGCAGUUUUUAGAGGAGGAAAAUCCGUAGGCAUGCCACCCAUAGGCAUACCCUCCAUAACACGCACAGACAUUUCCCCUUACUUUCUAGGAGGAAAAAAGUGAGUGUUAUGGUGCAAAAAAUACGGUAAAUGGCGUUUCCAUGUGCUGCUCUGGUUCGCCAGAAACGGCUUAGUCAUGCUGGCCGCAUGACCUGGAAGCUGUACGCCAGCUCCUUCGGCCAAUAAAGCGAGAUGAGCGCCGCAACCCCAGAGUCGGUCACUACUGGACCUAAUGGUCAGGGGUCCCUUUACAUUUACCUAUUGUAGCAAACAGACUCUGGGAGUUUUGUAACCUGCACCGACACAGAAUCACUAAAAAGUCCACACCAGCAAUUGGUACCCACAUGUCCGUUCAUGCUUAUGUAUGUUCCAUCCUGUGUGUUAUCCAACUUAGUGCUACAUUUCCAUGUUGGAUAAAAGUAAGUAAUAUUCAUGAACGAUGCCUUAUUAUGCAUUUGGACAGGUAUUCUGUUGCCCUCUAAACAUUAGACUGUUGUUUGUCUCCCAUAAUCAUUUCUCCCCUCUUAAAUUGCAUGCAGUGAUUAUUUUCUUCUUUUUUUAAAAAAAAAGCAUCGGGUUAGGCACAUUUCCACCUGUUCACCAAUCUCCCGUUCAUUCUUUGUGUAGUUGUGAGGCAGGGUUCUGACAUCGCCCAGCCCUGACUAGUUCUGAAUGUUGUCGCUCUUUUAUUAAUUUAUUCAUUUUACAUGUGCAUCAAAGCAAUUAAUAAACAUGUCAUUAAAACAUUAUAGAAUGUCAUUACUGCUCUCUGCUAUCAUCAUGAAUUUGCACGUGUGACCCCGUCACUUCUGGCUAUAUGGGGCCUUGUCUUCAUUUUUUAAUUUUUAUUUUCGUAAGCUGACAACAUGGGUUAUGAUGAACUUUAAAGCACUAGCAGACUUGCAAAUAGUUGCUUUCGUGGUUGCUUAGGACAAAUAAGAAUUGCCUUGGUAACCAGGCAAGAACUUAGCUCUUUCUUGAGCACAGAUGAAUCACACAGAUAUGUUGGGGUGGGCAGACUAGGUUUUUUUUUGUUUGUUUAUGAUGGAUAUUUAGUUAGAGUUAAAUACUGUGGGGUUUUUUAUUAUUUUUGUUUGUUACUAUGUUAUGCAAUUUUGUGUUUUUAUAUUGUAAACUGCCCUGUGAGCCUUGGAUAAGAGGUAAAAUAAAAUAAAUGAAUGAAUCAAUAAAAUAAGAGUUGGGCAGAUUUUCACAUGUUGAUUAUUGUUAAGGAAUUAAAGUCACUGGAACAACAAAAUGGUUUUGACUUUUCCCAACUCUCCAUAAUGUAAUGUUCUCACUUGCAGCAGUAUUUCGUAUGUUUACUUCCGUCGGCGCCUCUCACCUUCCAUGGGGCAAGCAGAAUUUAGUUCCACACAUCUCGUCGCAUCGUUUCCCAAGCUUGGAAUUUUAAUGGGACUCCCUUCUGACUAGACUGCAUUCACUUUUCUGAUGUUUCCUUACCUGAUUUUUUGAAUACGUUUCAUGCCAUCUUUCCCGUGACAUAAAAGCUACUUCUAGAAAUCUAGUGGGAGUUUAGCACUCAUUUCCAUGUUAAACUGCUUCCAGGGAGGAAAAAUCAGUUUGCAGUAUUGUUAACCUGGAAAAUAACAGGAGUUUUGCACUGCAAUUUGGCAAGGUUUUCAUGCCUCAAGCCGUGUGAUGAAUUUUGGGCUGAUAUUCGAGCAUGCAGUUAUUUCCUGCCAAUUUUGUGAGUGAAAUGGGGACAGACGGACUGGGGACAGAAGCCCUGCUAUAGAAUCACUAUCAAUGAAAUGCUGAAUCUUCUUGUCAGCUGGGGAGAUGGUUGUCCCAACAGCUAGCCUUAUUUGAGGACUGUAGCCAUCAGUUAAGAUAUUGCUUCCCAUUGCUAGAAUGAAGUGGACAGGACAGUGGUGGGUGCAAAACACGACCAGAUCCAGAUGUUCUCUGGGUGAUAUGUGACUGAGUGUGUGGUUGACGGACACCAUUAAAGGAACAUCAGAGAUGUUGCUCUUCUCUGUGUGUAUAUGUGUUAAUGCUCAGGAUGCAUGAUGUCAAGUGCAAAGCAUGGAGAUGCUGAGCUGUACUGAAAAAAUAUAAUGUGUAAAUGUCUUUAAAAGGGUAUUGCAACUCUUAAGAUGGGCAGUUCCAAAGUGCUGGCAUUUUAGGCCAUCUUCUGAAUUUGCACUGCUUGCCCUUGAAUUUCUUCGGAAGGUUCAGUUCUUCUUGGCAGGUUCAGUUCUUCCGCCUCUCCACAGUUACACACAUUAGCCUUGCUGACAUAUUUAGCAUUCAAUAUUUCCAUAGCUUGAUAUACAAAGUUCCUCUGAUAUCGAUGUUUCCAAAUGGUGGGUUUUCCCAGAAAUGUUUUUGAGUAAUCUUUCUGCAUCCUUCUGAUAACCUUUGUUGGUGAUUUAGCAAUGCGCUGUGGACUCAACCACUAAGCCUCUUGGGCUUGCGGAUCAGAAGGUUGGCGAUUCGAAUCCCCGCAACAGGGUGAGCUCCCCUUGCUCUGUCCCAGCUCCUGCCAACCUACCAGUUCAAAAGCACGCCAGCGCAAGUAGAUAAAUAGGUACCGCUGCGGCGGGAAGGUGAACGGCGUUUCCGUGCACUCUGGUUUCCAUCACGGUGUCCCAUUGCGCCAGAAGCGGUUUAGUCCUGCUGGCCACAUGACCCAGAAAGCUGUCUGCGGACAAACGUUGGCUCCCUUGGCCUGAAAGCGAGAUGAGUGCAGCAACCCCAUAGUCUCAUUUGACUGGACUUAACCAUCCAGGGGUCCUUUACCUUACCUUUACCUUAUUCCCUCUCCCGCUGCUUUAAUUCUGAAAGAGCCCAAAGUAUUGGUGUUUGCAAGCAGGCUGUUCUGUUGUGCCAGAGGGGGCCAGAUUCCUGUUCGAGAUUCCAUUCCACCUUUUGGUUCAGACGUGGAACUAUUUCACGUCACAUGUCUGUUUACAUUCCAUCACUGUUUGCUGGCAUAAGCGGAACAUCCAUUGUGUUGCUUUUGCUUUUGCUUCUCUGUCUCUCUCGGAAGGACGGCAAAGAGAGACGACAUGUUUCUUUGUCUUGAUUUAAGUUUAAUAAAUCCGUAGUUUGUUAAGUAUGUCUUCAUAUGGCUCAAGCCUCUUUCAUUGCUCAGUUUUGCUCUGCGAAAUGAACUGUGUCCAUGUCAGCAGACUUGGGUCACUGAUUUAUGUCGCACCAGAGGUCGGAGGUUCUUCGCAGCGUGACGGUUGGAAGGAGACGAUCAAGCUAGGGGCUAGCCAGCUGGCCUUUUGACCCAUGGGGUAGCAGUAAGACUGUGCUUUUAGAGCUGGACAACUGCACUGACCUCUCAUUAUUCCCCACCCGCCUUCUGCCAUUAUCUAGCAUUGGGAACGAUGAAGGUGAGAUCAUGAAUUCCCAUCUUGCCUGAGGUGGAACACGAUGGAGGGUCGGUAUUGGGUCUUGUAGCCCUGGGAGGAGUACAAAAGCGAGACAAGAAACUUGGAGAAGCUCCAACCUCGACACAGUCUUUCCCAGUGAUCUGGGAACCCUGACUCUGGGGGGAAUAGCUAGAAAUGCAUCACUAGUUUUCCUAUAAUAUCUGGGCUAAUUUGAUCGAAGGAGGGUGACUUGCCCAAGGUCUCGCCUGAGAUAGGUCAGGCCUGAAGCUGUGCUUUCCAGACCUAAGCCCAACUUGUCAUCAGUUCCUACUGGGCACAGAGCCAGUACAGUGGUACCUCGGGUUACAGAUGCUUCAGGUUACAGACUCCACUAACCCAGAAAUAGUACCUCGGGUUAAGAACUUUGCUUCAGGAUGAGAACAGAAAUCUUGCGGCAGCAGCGGGAGGCCCCAUUAGCUAAAGUGGUACCUCAGGUUAAGAACAGUUUCAGGUUAAGAAUGGACCUCCGGAACGAAUUAAAUUCUUAACCCGAGGUACCACUGUAAAACUCCGCAACUGGAUGUUCAUAAACAAAGCAUCAUCUUCAUGCCAUCUGUGUAUAAGACAACUUUUCACAGCGGUGGCAAACUCUGCCCGCCAUGGGGAUAUUGGGUUCCCCCCAGAUCUCCCCCAAUGGCUGCCCAGGCUGGCUGGCUGGGGCUGAUGUACGUUGGAGCCCAAUGACACCCAAAAGGCCACAGAUCUGCCACCCACGUUGUACAACCGCUACACUCCGUAAAAACUCUUCGCUGAAAUAUUUUGGCAGCAGGUUCCUCCACCCAGUUUGGGGUGAGUUAAUUACUACUCUCUCUAAAUCCCAUUUCCUCUGGUUUUGGAUUGUGGAGCAAUUCAUUUCAUGUCGGAAACAACAACAACAAAAAGUUCACAAAGGAGAGCGGGGUGGUGGCAGGCAGGUGGGCAAAUGCCAGCUCUCUGGUUAGGUGUCAGGACAAGCAAAGUUGCAUGUGCUGUUCAAACAACGGAGGAGAGGGAGAGAAGUCUAUGCAAAGAGCUGAGCUGGGAGAAGUCUGUGCGAAGAGACAUGUGAAGAUUCCUUUCAUAGGAAGACUGAGCUUUGGGCGUGGGGAGAGAGGGUUUUAUUCUGCCAGGAGGACUAAUUUGGCAGCAGCAGAAGAUGGUGUUUUCAUAUUAUAAAUGGCAUGCAUUCCCAGGACCACAUUACUCCUGCUCUGGCUUUUUAAAUACCUUCCGACAGUUCUACAUGUUUUAUUUUGCAACCAGGACAUGGGUGGCGUUGUGGUCUAAACCACGGAGCCUCUUGGGCUUGCCGAUCAGAAGGUUGGCGGUUUGAAUCCCCGUGACGGGGUGAGCUCCCGUUGCUCUGUCCCAGCUCCUGCAUUUCCGUGCGCUCUGGUUUCUGUUGCGCCAGAAGCGGUUUAGUCCUGCUGGCCACAUGACCCGGAAAGCUGUCUGUGGACAAACGCCGGCUCCCUCGGCCUGAAAGCGAGAUGAGCGCCCCAACCCCAGAGUCGGUUACGACUGGACCUAAUGGUCAGGGGUCCCUUUACCUUUACCUUUACCAACUACUGAAGUAAAAUAUUACUGAGCAUGAACUAUGCACAUCAGAUAUUUAAAGAAUAUUCUCUAUUAACAUUUGUAAAUAAUAAUUAUGAGAAUUUUUGGAAGCAACACUCUUAGGACGGGCAGAAAUUCAGCAGAUGAUGUUUUCCCUAUCGUUGCUAAUGCAGGGCUGAAUUCUUAGUAAAUGUAAAGGUAAAGGGACCCCAGACAGUUAAGUCCAGUCAUGAACAACUCUGGGGUUGCGCGCUCAUCUCGCUUUACUGGCCAAGGGAGCCGGCGUUUGUCCGCAGACAGUUUUUCCAGGUCAUGUGCCCAGCAUGACUAAGCUGCUUCUGGCAAACCAGAGCAGCACACGGAAACGCUGUUUACCUUCCCGCUGGAGCGGUACCUAUUUAUCUACUUGCACUUUGAUGUGCUUUCGAACUGCUAGGUUGGCAGGAGCUGGGACCGAGCAACGGGAGCUCACUCUGUCUUGGGGAUUCGAACUGCUGACCUUCUGAUGGACAAGCCCAAGGCUCAGUGGUUUACACCACAGCGCCACCCGCGUCCCCUAGAUUCUUACUACCUAGCUCUUAGGACAUAGUACUUCUUUUAAGAAACAAAAAACCCAAAACCUAUUCACAUGAAGAGUUAGACACAACUAAACCUAGUGGAAUCAUUGCGCUGAAGAACACCAACUCUUUAUAGGACUGGACUGUGAUCCAUCCAGCUCCUCUGAGCGAAUUGUAAUUCUGGGUAACAGGUCUACUCAGAUUGAAGUUUGCGUGUGAGAUGAUGAACUGUUUGGACAUGUUUGUGUUUAGGUACAGUUAAAGAAAGAUGGUUAAACAUUCUGCAGCGUUGCCUUGUGCAUAUUUUCUCGGCCAUUCCAUCCCAUAACUGCCCACCCCCAUGCAUGUGCCUUUUCUCCAUGAACGAGCCCUGAUUAAGAUAUUCUGAAAGUUAAAGAGUAGGCAAUUUAGGGUGUCGGCCUAAGUGCACAGCAGUUAGUGGUUGGCAAGGAGAGAGUUCAAGGAGCCUGCUUUGGUUGAGAUGGAGAUAAGAUAGGUGACAAUUCCCUUGUGCAUCUCCUUGCCUCUUCCACGAUGGACCCAAAUGCCUUCCAGUCUGUUCCUUCAGCUGCUCAAUGCAAGAUUGGUGCUAAUCUGCAUUUGGGACUAUAAUUGUAAAGCAUUCCUGUUUUUCAAAUUGCAGGGAGUACGAUUUUGAAUUAAGUACGAGGAACCUGAAAGGGGAGUUUAGAACCAGAACUGGCUCCCCAGGAGGUUGUGAAAUCAUCUGACUUGAGGAAGUUUUCCAGAAAGGAGAAGUUACUGGGGUGGUUUAGACAUAGGUGGUCACAGGGACUCGGAAAUGCUGUGAAAGGAUGGGAAAAUGAUUCCCCCAACCAUGAAAGCCUUUUCUCCCCAAGCAAUUGAGGAGGAGGGUGAAAGAGGACUGCAAGGGCCCAGUACAGACCCUCCAAGUGCCCCUAUUUUCCAGGGACAGUCCCAGAUUUACAGAAGCCAUCCUGGUUUCUGAUUUGAUCCCGGAAUGUCCCGCUUUUCCUUAGAACAUGCCAGUUUUCAUCGGUGAAAUGUUGUAGGGUCUGGAGUUAUGUGACCUUCAAGUCAAGGAGAUAAGAUAGAGACUUUAGGAGACAUUUGCCCUGUAUUGGGUAGGUUUUUUAAAUGCUUACUAUUUCAUUAUGUUUAUUUAUUUGGUUUUUCAGAUUAUAAUUUUACAACCACAUAUCCAACAUAUAAAACAAGAUUCCGAAGAAUCUCCUGGACUCCCUUGCUCCCCUUUGUGGGUCCUAUUGUUAAUCAUUUCCUCCUGUAUCUUUUAUAAUAAUCCAAUUCUUUUAUCUCUCCAUUCUAUCCAAAAUUCACCAUUAAACUGCAAGUCAUAUUCCAACCCUACAAACGAUUUUAACUGUUUACAAUGGUCUUUAAGAUAAAUUAUGAAUUUUCCCCAUUUUGGCAUAAUCCAUCAACUUGAUCUGCCUUUCUUCUCUGGUUGGGGACUUUAUCUUCUUUCCAUCUCUGGGCCAAUAACAUCCGUGCAGCCGUGAUCACAUACAUAAAUAGUAUUCUCUGCUCCUUUGGGAUUUCGGCAGCUAAAAUUCCUAAAGGAAAGGCCUCAUGGGGUUUUUUUAAUAGAAAAAGUUAUUUUAAAUAUUUUAUUCAGUUCAUUAUAUAUCAGUUUGUUUGUUUUGAAGGGAAGGGAGGUUCAAAGAGUAAAUGAAUCUAUGUGACUUUAGCAAAAAUGUAUCAAAGAUUUAAGAAAAAUAGACUGUUAAUUGGUGAAAAGAGGGAAAGUAAACCUAUAUUAAGAUCAAGAUAAAUUUUCAGGAUAAGAAUUUUGAAGAGAGGGAAAGGAUUUGCUGAAAUGGAUAAUUGACUUAGAAUACAAAAAAGGGAGGUGUGAGGAGGUCAGGGAAACAAGCAAUUGAAAGAUAAGUUAUGGGAAGGUUCGAUUUGUCUUUUUUUCUUUUUGUUGUUUUUAAGUGUUCUUAUUUUUCUGUUUUUUAUUGUGAUAUGUUGUUUUGCUAUUGUUUAAUUUGGUGUUUUUUCUGUUUUCUUUUGCCUUUUUGUAAACUUAAAACCUUAAUAAAUACUAUUUAAAAAAACAACAACAAAGAGUAAUGCCUCCCCCUUGAACAUAUCUAAAGCAGCUGUCAGUCAGGAUUUUCUUCUGAUAUAAAAGGGCUUUAACAGGUGGGUGAUGUCCAGGGCCGUCUUAAGCAUAUCUGGUGCUGUGGUGCAAAGAUCCCUCUGGCGCCACCCCCUGGGCAACUCCAGAACAAGGGAAGGGGCUGGUGGAAAAUGUCCUCUGCCUCCCCCACUGCCCUGAUCCCCGGCGUGGCGGUGGCGAUCCAGCAGGAAAACGGGCUGGCAGACAUCCUCUCUGGCAUCAGGGCGCCCGAGAAGGCAGCCCAGGAAGGCUGCGUGCCGCCUUUCACCAGAAAGCAGAAGAAGGACAACGACCGGGAACAGGACUGUCUUUAGCAGAUGCAGAGGUUUGGGAGGGAAGCUGCGCUCCCGCCAGCUAUAUACCGCAUUUUUCGCUCUACAAGACGCACCCGGCCAUAAGACGCACCUAGUUUUUAGAGGAGGAAAACAAGAAAAAAACUAUUCUGAAUCAAAUGUUAAAGAGGAAGGAGGAGGGAGGAUUAGGCUAAGGAGCCGCCGGUCCGUCCGCCCCUUUGGGGAAGCUGGAUCUGCUGGCCACCUAACAGCGUUGUCCCUGCUGGGGGGAUCGGAGGAGGCAGGCGAGGCGAAGCGACACUCUUAGGGAGCCCUUAGGGAGCCCUUCCUUUCCUCCUCCCGCCUUCACUGAAGGGGCCAGCAGAGCAAGAGGGAUUGGUGCGCAGCGCCUCUUGGUCUGCUGGCUUCCCAGCGAAGCAGGAUGAGGGACGGAAGGGGCUCCCUAAGGGCUUCCUUCUGUCCCUCAUCGUGCAUCGCUGGGAAGCCAGCACAGCAAGAGGCGCUGCAAAGCAAUCCCUCUUGCUGUUCUGGAUUCUGGGAUAGUUGCGCAGCCUGCAUUCGCCCCAUAAGACGCACACACAUUUCCCCUUUUUAGGAGGGAAAAGGUGCGUCUUAUAGAGCGAAAAAUACAGUAGUUGGCGGGGCGCAGCUGGCGGGCAUGCAGGGAAAGGGGAGGCUGCCGGCGAAGCCGCGCAGCUCCCCCAGUCGCUAGGGUGCCCCUGAGAGGCCGGCUCCCUGGCGCAGCAGACCACUAACACCAAUGGGAAAGACGGCUCUGGCGAUGUCUCUGAAACUCCCUUUGCCGGGCCUACAUUAGCUGCUUAUGUGCUGCUUCUAUGGGAAAGAUAAGGAGUGGAGAGAAGGGACGGCUUUGUUGCUUAGCCUAGCACACAGCAUGCGUCCCUUGAUUUCUUAAUGGUUCAUUUUACAUAUCAAAAAUCCCUGCAUAUUUUACAAAAACUAUACCAUUCCGCAUUCCAUUGUUGCAUCCAUCAAAACUUGUUUACACUGUUGAAUUUAUCUCAGUGCCGCCAGCGUUUUCAGCUGUAAACAGUUAGUUCCAGGGCCGUCUUAAGCAUAUCUGGCGCCAUGGUGCAAAGAUCCCCCUGGCGCCUCCACCUUUCCCAGAGUUUUCAACCUUUUUUUAGGGCUGGAGGAGGCGGGCAGCGGCUGGAGGGCAGCUCCUCCGGCAGGGAAGAGGUGGAGGCUGGACGCAGCGCCUCCUGGCUCAGCUGCCCGCUUCGUGCCACGGUGGCCACAGCAAGCAGCACACCGAGCGAGCGUGCCUGCGCCAAGUGAGCGAGGGCGCGUGCGCCGCUCUCGCUGAGUGCCGGCUCAGUUUUUUCCCUUUCAGCCUUCUGGCGCCCUGCAUAAUUCAGCGCCUGCAGGCUAAAAGGGAAAAAACCAAGCCGACACUCAGCGGGAGUGGCGCAUGCACCCUCGCUCACUCAGCAGGCUCGUUCGGUGUUCCCCGGACUUUCGCUUGGCGCCCUCCAGAACUGGGCGCCCUGGUGUCCUGUGCCAUUAGCCUCUACGGGUAAGACGGGCUGUUUAUUUCCCAUAUAUUCAAUAAACCUUUUCCAAUCGUCUUGUUCUCUUAUUCCACAAAUUAAGUCUGCAAGCUGUGCAUACUGAGUCAACUUAAGUUGCCAUUUUUCUUUGGUUGGGACCACGCUCGUUUUCCAUUUUUGGGCUGCAGUAGUGGCAUACAUAAGUAACCUUUUUUGACACCUGGGAAUUUCAGUCUGAAUUAUCCCCAACAGAAAGGACUCUAGUUUAGUACUUUAAACAUUUUUUUUCACUUCAUUAUGCAUCAUUUCCCAAUACUCUUUUACCCUUUUACGUGUGUCUUGUUGUUGUUGUUUAGUUGUUUAGUCAUGUCCGACUCUUCGUGAUCCAAAGGACCAGAGCACGCCAGGCACUUCUGUCUUCCACUGCCUCCCGCAGUUUGGUCAAACUCAUGCUGGUAGCUUUGAGAACCAUCUCAUCCUCUGUCGUCCCCUUCUCUUUGUGCCCUCCAUCUUUCCCAACAUCAGGGUCUUUUCCAGGGAGUCUUCUCUUCUCAUGAGGUGGUCAAAGUAUUGGAGCCUCUGCUUCAGGAUCUGUCCUUCGAGUGAGCACUCAGGGCUGAUUUCCUUAAGAAUGGAUAGUUUUGAUCUUCUUGCAGUCCAUGGGACUCUCAAGAGUCUCCUCCAGCACCAUAAUUCAAAAGCAUCAAUUCUUUGGCGAUCAGCCUUCUUGAUGGUCCAGCUCUCACUUCCAUACAUCACUACUGGGAAAACCAUAGCUUUAACUAUACGGACCUUUGUUGGCAAGGUGAUGUCUCUGCUUUUUAAGAUACGUGUCUACCACAUAUCAAAGAACGUUCCCUCCAGCUCUUUGCAUCUCCAGCACUUACCUGAUUCAUUCUUAUACAACUUAGCAAGCCUACUCGGAGUAGGCAGAUGGUGCACUUCCUAAAAAGCUAAGACGGAGUCAUCACAUGAAUCAGACGGUCCCUUGAGGCUUCCUGUUCACUGGCUAGCUUCUGUUCCCGCAUCCUUCUGAUUGUACACCCUACUGUUCCUUUUUUUUAAUGUCCCCUUCGGUCAUGUGCUUCUGCUCCACAUCUCGACCACAUCACCUCUGCUUGUGUGAUUCAGAAACCAUGGGAGGGAAGGGAGCUUGCUUCCUCAGUGCCACAGGAUAAAUGGGCUCCCAUUCGUGAAUGAGUCCUUCCUUCCUAUAUGGAGGAACAGGCAGACGGACAUCCAAUCUGGAGAGUUUGGGAUAAGGACAGAAAGAGGCGGGUGGUGCUUGCUGCAAAUUAGAAUUCAUUCAUUUUGAGUCUUUCUCAUCCAGCAAUGGUAUCCCCAAUGUAGGGAAACUUUUGCCAGUUCUUUAUUUUACUGGUAGAUAUAUAGAUGGAUGGAUAUAACAUGUAACUAGAGAGAUGAUAGAUACAGCACAUAACUAUUAAAUUAAAUUAAUACAUAUUAAAUUAAUAAAUUAAACACAUGCACACAGAUAAAUACAUUUUUACAGCAGAGCAAAAGCACCGUAUGGAUAUCUUCUUCUUGAAAGUUAUCAUUCCAUGUGCGGAAAAUAAUAUCUUAUCAUUCUGAUCAUCCUGCUUACUUGAUUACUUGGCCACGAAGGGCUCCUCUUUAUUAUUAUUUUUACAGUGGUACCUGGGGUUAAGUACUUAAUUCGUUCUGGAGGUCCGUUCUUAACCUGAAACUGUUCUUAACCUGAAGCACCACUUUAGCUAAUGGAGCCUCCCGCAGCUGCCGCACCGCCGGACCACGAUUUCUAUUCUCAUCCUGAAGCAAAGUUCUUAACCUGAGGUACUAUUUCUGGGUUAGCAGAGUCUGUAACCUGAAGCGUAUGUAACCCGAGGUACCACUGUACAUUAAAUGCAUAACUAGUAUGCCACAUAUUGUUUCAAACCAUUCUGAAAUCAAUGGAGUUUGUGCUUUUGUCCCAAGACAAGCACAGAGUCUCACCCGCCCACCCCUGCCUCAGGAAUAAUAAAUUGAACACAACUUUCAGAUCUACCUCUCAUGUUAUGUGUUUCAAAUUGCCUAACGGUAUCCCUGCAAUAGUAAGUAUUUAGUCAUUUCGUUGAUAAAAGUUAUGGACUGUAGUCCAGAAAAUCUUGAUUACUGGGCAGUUCCAGAAUAUAGGUACAGUGGUACCUCAGGUUACAUACACUUCAGGUUACACACGCUUCAGGUUACAGGCUCUGCUAACCCAGAAAUAGUGCUUCAGGUUAAGAACUUUGCUUCAGGCUAAGAACAGAAAUUGUGCUCCGGCGGCAGCAGGAAGCCCCAUUAGCUAAAGUGGUGCUUCAGGUUAAGAACAGUUUCAGGUUAAGAAUGGACCUCCGGAACGAAUUAAGUACUUAACCCGAGGUACCACUGUAUUGGCUCUGCUUGAGAAGUAUUACAUUUCCAGCAGUUACAUUAACAACCCCCUUUUAAUUCUGUUUCCAGUAGGAAAGUAUUGCCUCAGUAGUGCAAGAGAGCCUUAUGAGAAAGCAACCUUCUCUGUCUAUUUUCUGUACAGUGGUACCUCUACUUACGAGCACCUCUGGUUACGUAUCCUUCGGGAUACGCACACGGCAAACCCGGAAGUAUUUUUCUGGGUUUCACUGCAUGCGCAGAAGAGCUCUACUGUGCUGCGCGCAUGCGCAGAAGCGCUCUGCCAUGUGCAUGCGCAGAACAGGCACCUCUGGUUGCAAAAACCUCGGGAUCCGACCGGAGCUCCGGAAUGGAUCCUGCCCGCCACCGGAGGUACCACUUUACUGUCCUUCCUCUGAGGACCACAGGUGGUACACAACGUAAAAACACAAACACACAUAACAUAGCAACAAACACUAUCUCCCCCACCCCGCUUUUAAAAGGCCAUAGAUGGUUUGAUUCUACAGUGAUGUGAAUUUGCUUCUCGUACCAUUGUUCUGUGCAGGAAUUUAUCAUACGGUUCAUUCCCCCCAGUGACUGUUUGCUGUUUUCGGAGGCAAAAUGCAAUUUCCCACAAAUCUUGUCAGGUUUGGAAUUUUGCUUCUGAAACCUGGCCAAUGAAUGCUUAAAGAAAAGGAAAAUUAAUCUCUAAUUUGUUCAGGACUUUAUUAGCUUGUUAACAUUCUUUGUACUUCGUUUCCGCCCUAAAACCUGCAGAUUUUAAAUUGCAUUGCAAUCGGGAGUGUUGAAAGUAAUCAGAUAUUUGCGGGGGAAGUACAAAUAGGAACAAUUUGUUCAGUUCCCUCCCCAUUAUUUUAUUCCUGCGCUGGUGCCCACAAGAGCUGUAACUCAGUUAAGGAGAUUUUAUUUGAUUGAUUCUCCAUCGAGUAAUCGACCCAUUUAAAUUCGCAGUAUUUUUAAAAUACCGUAUUUUUUGCUCUAUAAGACUUACUUUUCCCCUCCUAAAAAGUAAGGGGAAAUGUGUGUGCGUCUUAUGGAGCGAAUGCAGGCUGCGCAGCUAUCCCAGAAGCCAGAACAGCAAGAGGGAUUGCUGCUUUCACUGCACAGCGAUCCCUCUUGCUGUUCUGGCUUCUGAGAUUCAGAAUAUUUUUUUUUUGUUUUCCUCCUCCAAAAACUAGGUGUGUCUUGUGGUCUGGUGCGUCUUAUAGAGCGAAAAAUACGGUACUUUGGUGGUUUGCAGAGGUUUGUGACAGACCACCUGUUUUGCAUGAAGUGGACCCUAUUCUUAACCCCUGACAUCCCCAGCUGCCUGAUGAACAGAAGAGUCGCUGCCAGUCCGAGCAGGAAGUACUGAGUCAGGUGGAGCUGUGGCCUGACUCAAAAAUAAGGCAGCUUCCUGUCUUGUUCAGGUGAUAGCCACUUGCGCUGUGGGAGGCAGAGUCUUUUAGAGGCCUUUCCAUUCGGUUCGGUUGGUUGGUUGGGCUUUCAGAUUAAAGUUGCACAAUUUACAAUAAAGUAAAUUGGACUACUGCAAUGCGCUCUACGUGGGGCUACCUUGGAAGGUGACCCGGAAACUGCAAUUAAUCCAGAAUGCGGCAGCUAGACUGGUGACUGGGAGUGGCCGCCGGGACCACAUAACACUGGUCCUGAGAGAUCUGCAUUGGCUCCCAGUACGUUUCCGAGCACAAUUCAAAGUGUUGGUGCUGACCUUUAAAGCCCUAAACGGCCUCGGUCCUGUAUACCUGAAGGAGCGUCUCCACCCCCAUCGUUCAGCCCGGACACUGAGGUCCAGCGCUGAGGGCCUUCUGGCAGUUCCCUCAUUGCGAGAAGUGAGGUUACAGGGAACCAGGCAGAGGGCCUUCUCGGUAGUGGCACCCGCCCUGUGGAACACCUUCCCUUCAGAUGUGAAGGAAAUAAGCAUCUAUCCUAUCUUUAAAAGACAUCUGAAGGCAGCCCUGUUCAGGGAAGUUUUUAAUAUUUAAUGCUGUACUGUUUUUAACAUUUGAUUGGGAGCCACCCAGAGUGGCUGGGGAAACUCAGCCAGAUGGGCAGGGUAUAAAUAAUAAAUUAUUAUUAUUAUUAUUAUUAUUAUUAUUAUCAUCAUCAUCAUCAUCACAUACCCAACAUACAACAUAAAGACAAGAUUCCAAAGAAUCUCCUGGACUUUGUGGGUCCUAUUCUUAGUCAUUUCCUCCUGCAUCAUUUAUAAUAAUCCAAAUCUUUUAUCUCUCCAUUGUAUCCAAAAUUCACCAUAAACUACAAGUGUUAUUCCAAGCCUACUAACGGUUUACAAUGUUUACAGUGGUUUUUUAAGAUAAGUUAUAAAUUUCCCCCAUUCCUUAUUAAAAUUGUGGUCUUCCUGAUUUCUGAUUCUUCCGGUCAUUUUUGCCAUUUCGGCAUAAUCCAUUAACUUGAUCUGCCAUUCUACAGUGGUACUUCAGGUUACAUAUGCUUCAGGUUACAUACGCUUCAGGUUAUAGACCUGAAAUAUUAACCCAGAAAUAAUACCUCGGGUUAAGUACUUUGCUUCAGGAUGAUAACAGAAAUCGCGCUCUGGUGGCACGGUGGCAGUAGGAGGCCCCAUUAGCUAAAGUGGUGCUUCAGGUUAAGAACAGUUUGAGGUUAAGUACGGACCUCCAGAACGAAUUAAGUACUUAACCUGAGGUACUACUGUACUCUGGUAGGGACUUUAUCUUCUUUCCAUCUCUAGGCCAGUAACAUCCGUGCAGCCGUGGUCACAUACAUAAAUAGUCUUUUCUGCUCCCUUGGGAUUUCGGCACCUAGGGUUGCGAAAUGAAAGGCUUCGGAUUUUUUUUAGAAAAAGUUACCGUACUUUAAACAUUUUUCCCCAACUCAUUAUAUAACAUUUCCCAAAAUUCUUUUGCUACCUUGCAUUUCCACCACAUGUGAUAAAAGGUGCCUUCUUUUCCCUUACAUUUCCAGCGUACAUUUGACCCUGUUUUAUACAUUUUUGCUAAUUUACUGGGAGUUACAUACCAACGGUGCGUCAUUUUCAUAUAAUUCUCUUUCUGCGUGUAACAUGCUGUGAAUUUUAAAUCCCACUUCCAUAACUUCUUCCAUGCUGUAAGUUGUAUAUUAUAUCCAAAAUCCCUCACCCCACAGAAGCCUCUUUUAGAACGGUGCUUGCCAUCUGCACUUUUUGCCCGCAUUUGCAUUAAAAACAACACAUUCAAUAUAUGUGUAUUAGAAUUCUGCUGCCAGAUUUAAUCAGGGACCUUUUUAGCUGAUUAAAAGCAUUUCAUCCAAGGGGAUCAGCCUAGUGCUAGUGAUGUCUUGAGCUUACUGAGGCUGAGCAUAUAUUCCGUUUUGGUCCUCUCUGCCCAACUUGCUUAGGAAGCUCCACAUAAAAAAAACGAAGAUCAUGGCCACUGGUCCCGUCACCCCCUGGCAAAUAGAAGGGGAAGAAAUGGAGGCAGUGAGAGAUUUUACUUUCUUGGGCUCCAUGAUCACUGCAGAUGGUGACAGCAGCCACGAAAUUAAAAGACGCCUGCUUCUUGGGAGAAAAGCAAUGACAAACCUAGACAGCAUCUUAAAAAGCAGAGACAUCACCUUGCCAACAAAGGUCCGUAUAGUUAAAGCUAUGGUUUUCCCAGUAGUGAUGUAUAGAAGUGAGAGCUGGACCAUAAAGAAGGCUGAUUGCCGAAGAAUUGAUGCUUUUGAAUUAUGGUGCUGGAGGAGACUCUUGAGAGUCCCAUGGACUGCAAGAAGAUCAAACCUCUCCAUUCUGAAGGAAAUCAGCCCUGAGUGCUCACUGGAAGGACAGAUCCUGAAGCUGAGGCUCCAAUCCUUUGGCCACCUCAUGAGAAGAGAAGACUCCCUGGAAAAGACCCUGAUGUUGGGAAAGAUGGAGGGCACAAGGAGAAGGGGACGACAGAGGACAAGAUGGUUGGACAGUGUUCUCAAAGCUACCAGCAUGAGUUUGACUAAACUGCGGGAGGCAGUGGAAGACAGAAGUGCCUGGCGUGCUCUGGUCCAUGGGGACACGAAGAGUCGGACACGACUAAAUGACUCAACAACAAGAACAACAAUAACCCAACUCAUCUCAGUGAGUUUACUCUGAAUGGGGAUGGAAGGAGGCAGCAGUUUCCCUUCUGAGCACAGAUGAACACGUGAACCGUAGCAGUUCCCAUCCUUUUCCCUUUUCAUUGGAAUCUCCUGACAUCCCUGACCCGGAGUAAAUCGUGUUUCAGUUUCAAUCUCUCACCUAAAGACAAGAGCAGGGGUCAGCAAACUUUUUCAGCAGGGGGCCGGUCCAUUGUCCCUCAGGCCUUGUGGGGGGCCGGACUAUAUUUUGGGGGGGAAAUGAACAAAUUCCUAUGCCCCACAAAUAACCCAGAGAUGCAUUUUAAAUAAAAGCACACAUUCUACUAAUGUAAAAACACGCUGAUUUCUGGACUGUCCACAGGCCGGAUUUAGAAGGCAAUCGGGCAGGAUCCGGCCCCCGGGCCUUAGUUUGCCUACCCAUGGACAAGAGCCGAAGAGAUAUGAGGACUUUAAAGGUAAUGGGUAAUUUAGAUAGUAGAAAUUCCUGUAACUGCAGUGUAUCUUGAACUCCAAACUAAUCCCCAAAACUUAACCUCCAUGAGAGGGGACGCUACGAUUUUGCUGAGCAACUAGUUUCACUGCCCAGUUGUUUUUCCUGGUUGUUGUUUAGUCGUGUCCAAUUCUUCGUGACCCCAUGGACCAGAGCACGCCAGGCACUCCUGUCUUCCACUGCCUCCCACAGUUUGGUCAAACUCAUGCUGGUAGCUUCGAGAACACUAUCCAACCAUGUCGUCCCCUUCUCCUUGUGCCCUCCAUCUUUCCCAACAUCAGAGUCUUUUCCAGGGAGUCUUCUCUUCUCAUGAGGUUUUUCCUGGUAUAUAGUCUCAAUCUAAUGUCUUACAAUGUGAAUCUCUUGCUGCUUAUCCUUUCCUGGGACUUGGUAAAUGGUUCAUUUCACAUAACAUAAAUACCUUCAUACAGUCGUACCUCUACUUAUGUAUCCCUCUGGAUACGGAAUUUUCGGGUUACGGCCACGGCAAACCCGGAAGUGUAUACAGUCAUACCUCGGGAUAAAUAUGCUUCAGGAUAAGUAUUUUCGGGUUGUGCUCGAUGGCGACCUGGAAGUAAUGGAGCCGCUCAAAAUGACGUCACGCACAUGUGCAGAAGCAGCGAAACGCGGCACCCGCAGACGCACUGUUGUGUCUUAUGUUCUGUUCAGGAUUCGAAUGGGGCUCUGGAACGGAUCCCGUUCGCAUCCCGAGGUACCACUGUACUUCCGGGUUUCGCCGCAUGCGCAGAAGUGUUCAGUCGCGCCGCAUGCGCAUGCAGAAGCCCACCUCUAUUUACACAAUUUUCAGGGUGUGAACGGACCCCCAGAACGAAUUAAGUUCAUAUCCGGAGGGUCCACUGUAUUGUAUAAAAACUAUACCAUUUAGCACUGGGACGUGGGUGGCGCUGUAGGUUAAACCACAGAGCCUAGGACUUGCGGUUCGAAUCCCCGCGACAGGGUGAGCUCCCGUUGCUCGGUCCCUGCUCCUGCCAACCUAGCAGUUUGAAAGCACGCCAGUGCAAGUAGAUAAAUAGGUACCGCUCCGGCGGGAAGGUAAACAGUGUUUCCGUGCACUGCUCUGGUUUGCCAGAAGCAGCUUAGUCAUGCUGGCCAGCUGUACGCCGGCUCCCUCGGCCAGUAAAGCGAGAUGAGCGCCGCAACCCCAGAGUCGGCCACGACUGGACCUAAUGGUCAGGGGUCCCUUUACCUUUACCUUUAGGAUGGUGAGAGGAAUUCUUCAGCAGAAGCAAGGGAGCCACUACUCACUUUUAAGAAACUAAACUAGGGUUCUCACGUUAAGCUGUUGGGUGUCAUGACUUGGGUGUCUUCCUGUUCUGCUGUAGCAUCAACAUUCAAAUCAAAUGAAAUCAAGCUGUUAGACUACGCCGAAAUUUUUACAAUUUAUUUAGCAGACCACUGUAAACAAAUGAAAACAUUAGCAGCAGGGUGGAUAAAAAUCAAUGAUUUUUUAAAAACCAACAACAGAUUUUUUUUAUUUAAAUCAGAUUUUUAAAAUAAAAUGCUUUUGGAGGAAAAAUCUUUCUAAAGAUAGUUUUCUAUUUAGGUUACAUUAUAGUCCAAAGGCUAUUCAUCAGGAAAUAAGGAUUUGUUUUAAGUUUUUCACAUGUGCUAAAAUUCAGUCUAAGUUGUUUGUUGUUGUUUUUUUAAAAAAGUUUAACCACAUCAGUUAACAAACAUGGAUACAUAUGCUAUAGUGUUACUGCUUUAGUUAAAUAAAUUGUUUAAAUUGUUAUUAAGGAAAUGAUUAUUUUUCUCCUUCCAAUAAAGUACAGCAGAAAAGUUGUCCAUAUAUAAACAGUUAACUUAUUAGACCUCACAAUAAUUUAAUAAUUAUCUGUCCAUGUAUUUCUAAUAGUAUAACCAAAUCAGUAAUUUUUUAUAUAACUGUAAAAACUGCUCUGAAAAUUUAUUAUUCCAAAAAUGAAACCUUCAUCUGAUUGUAAAUAUUAAGAUUAUACCAGCAAGAAUGAGUCUUUCUGUAAAAAAAAAUAAAAAAAAAUUAAAUCCAGUCUUACUGACUAGUGAUUUAAAUCGUGAUUUAAAUCGAUUUGAUUUAAAUCAAAUCCACCCUGAUUAGCAGGAUUUUAAUCUCACUUGUAAUGUAACAAAUCAUAUGUAUAAUAUGGAUAGAUACAAAAUAUAAAUUAUGAAAUAAUAUGCAGUUGAAAACGUUGACAAUAGGACCCAUGGAGGGGAUUGGGGGAGGUCUCGAAAUUCAGAGAAAUCUCUCUAUAUGGAUAUGUAUUUGGUUUUGUUAUAAAUUGAUAUUUUGUAAAAUCAAAUAAAAACGAUUUCAGAAAAACGCCAAAACAUUCAAAUCAACCAGAUCCUAGAAACAGAAUAUUCCCCCCCAGUGGGAUAGCUUUGAUGAAAUACCAUCCCGUAGUAGAAUGUUUUACGCCUGCUCAGAGGAAUUACCGUAUUUUUCGCCCUAAAGGACGCACUUUUUCCCCUCCAAAAAUGAAGGGGAAAUGUGUGUGCAUCCUAUGGGGCGAAUGCAGGCUUUCGCUGAAGCCUGGAGAGCGAGAGGCGUCGGUGCGCACCGACCCCUCUCGCUCUCCAGGCUUCGCGCAGCUCUCCACAAGCCGUGGGAGCCUUGCGGGCAAUAGCCCGUUCUGGGGGCUGGGGUUGGGGGAAGCUCGGGCUUCCCCCGCCCCCAGCCCUGCAAGCUCCGCGAGCGAUGGCGAGGUUGAGCGCAACCUCGCCUUCGUUCCUGGACCCCCAGCCCUGAGGCUAAAAACGAAGCCAGGACAGCUAGCUGUCAUGGCUUCUUUGCUCUUUGGGGUUCGGGGGGGGAAAUAAAUUUUUCCGCCUUUAUUUCCCCCCCCCCCCCAAAAAAAAUAAGUGCGCCCUAUGGGCCGGUGCGCCCUAUAGGGCGAAAAAUACGGUAAAUGUUGUGCAUUUUGCUGGCAUUGUAGCGUUGGAAGAAUGAGAAUGCCCCAUCCCUUAGUCUGAGGACCAAGGCUUGUUUGCCCUCUGUGAACUGCCAACUUCAUCAAAACCAUUGAGUUUCUGAAGUUUGCCAAGACAUCAGAGAGGCAAAGCAAAAUACAGCCCUCCUUGCCACCUGGUUCUGUAUGCUAAAACCAAGUUUAGAUAGUAUAUUUCAUAGUUCCUGCCAUCCUUCUCUCCUAGCCCCCAACCAACAUGGCUCUGAAGUUGGCCAAUGGUUGUAUCUUCGGACAGCAUUCAGAAUGGUGCAAGCAGAACAAUUUCUGCUUGUGCAACAAGACUUUCCCCCCUCCCCCUCCAUGUGCCCCCUUUGCCAUCCCCACAUAUACUUGGGGAGGGGUUGGGGAAAAACUCACAACAAUGGCAAGUCCCAUUGUGCAAGUAAAAGUAAUACCACUUGUACAAUAACAUAUUUGAAUGUCACCCUUUGCUUAGUGCAGUGGUACCUCGGAUUACAUACGCUUCAGGUUACAUACGCUUCAGGUUACAGACUCCGCUAACCCAGAAAUAGUACCUCGGGUUAAGAACUUUGCUUCAGGAUGAGAACAGAAAUCGUGCUCUGGCGGCGCGGCGGCAGCAAGAGGCCCCAUUAGCUAAAGUGGUGCUUCAGGUUAAGAAUAAGGUAAAGGUAAAGGUACCCCUGCCCAUAUGGGCCAGUCUUGACAGACUCUAGGGUUGUGCGCCCAUCUCACUUAAGAGGCCGGGGGCCAGCGCUGUCCAGAGACACUUCCGGGUCACGUGGCCAGCGUGACAAAGCUGUAUCUGGCGAGCCAGCGCACCACACGGAAACGCCGUUUACCUUCCCGCCAGUAAGCGGUCCCUAUUUAUCUACUUGCACCCGGGGGUGCUUUCGAACUGCUAGGUUGGCAGGCGCUGGGACCGAGCAACGGGAGCGCACCCCGCCGCGGGGAUUCGAACCGCCGACCUUUCGAUCGGCAAGCCCUAGGCGCUGAGGCUUUUACCCACAGCGCCACCCGCGUCCCGCCACCAGCGCCACCCGCGUCAGGUUAAGAAUAGUUUCAGGUUAAGAACGGACCUCCGGAACGAAUUAAGUACUUAGCCCGAGGUACCACUGUAUUAUAAAAAAGGUAAAAUUAAAAAAACCUAUACGCUUAAAAUGUCAAAUUCAAAAGAAUAAGAAUAAGAAUAAGAAUAAUUUAUUAUUUAUACCCCACCCAUCUGGCUGGGUUACCCCAGCCACUCUGGGCGGCUUCCAACAAAACACUAAAAUACAAUAACCUAUUAAACAUUAAAAGCUUCCCUAAACAGGGCUGACUUGAAACCAUGAAACAUGGUUAAUACCUAUUUUCAAACCCAGGCUUUCCUCCUUUAGUUUGAACGUUAGUCCUGUCUAAAGUGGUCGACCAUUUACUGCAAGGGGGGGGGUGGAUUGGGUUUGCUCUGUGAGAUAAUCCCACUUGCAAGAUUUUGACUUGCAGAGAGCAAUUUACAAAGUGGUUCUAUCUCUGAAUGGAGUUUCCCAGAAAAUCUGGGAUGGGAUUCGCUGUGCUUUAUCUGUCUGUGUCUCUCAAAUCCUUACAGGCAGAUGGUGGAGGGGGGCUGUUUUUAUCACAGUGAGUGGGCUGGGUGAUCUUCCAGCCGAUGGGCCUGAGUGAGGAAGAAUGCAUCUGAAAGCUGCAGGCCUUGUGACCUCUGCUCAAGAUAUAAUGCUUCAGGAAAUGGCUUCCCUCUGAACCUAGAGCCCUUUUUUCAUCACACUUACAUUCUCCCUAUGAAGGGGCACGGGUGGUGCUGUGGUCUAAACCAUUGAGCCUCUUGGGCUUGCCGAUCGGAAGGUCAGCAGUUCGAAUCCCCGCGAUGGUGUGAGCUCCCGUUGCUCGGCCCCAGCUCUUGCCAACCUAGCAGUUCGAAAGCACACUGGUGCAAGUAGAUAAAUAGGUACCACUGCGGCGGGGAAGUAAAUGGCGUUUCCAUGUGCUCUGGUUUCUGUCACGGUGCCCCUUUGCACCAGAAGCGGUAUAGUCCUGCUGGCCACAUGACCCGGAAAGCUGUGGACAAACGCUGGUUCCCUCGGCUUGAAAGCGAGAUGAGCGCUGCAACCCCAUAGUCUGCGUACCCGCAGCCCAGGGGGCCUUCAGAUGACCACCCAUUGAGUGGCAGCUGGAGGAGGCAUUGGCAAAAUGACUGCAUGCCAGCGGCUGGGCCAGCAGGACUUGUGCUGGUCACUGCAGCUUCCUUUCUGUUCCCACUCCCCGCCCCAAAAGAUCUUAGAGCCAAGAGACAGCAUAAUAAAAUGCUUGUUUUAUUGUUUUUUAAAAAGUUUAAAAGAUAUUAUCCCUUUCUGCAGCAGUGUGCUUAAUCCCAAGCAAGCGUCUUUGGCACCAGGGCAGGCAGACGCAAGCUCCAUUUGUUUCCCUGUAAUCGUAACGAUGCUGUGAUUUCAGUGAGAUUAAAUCCAAAACUGCGCGUACUUAGAAGUGUUUGUUCUUAUCAGGGUUGGCAAACUUUGUUUUUUAUUUUUAUUUUGUUCCGAAAUGCCAAGUAAGUGGAAGCAGUUGUAAAGCAUGGAACGGCAGUGGAGCAGAAAAGAGAUAUGUUAAUUGUGUGCUAUUGUUGUUUAGUCGUUUAGUCGUGUCCAACUCUUUGUGACCCCAUGGACCAGAGCACGUCAGGCACUUCUGUCUUCCACUGCCUCCCGCAGUUUAGUCAAACUCACGCUGGUACCUUUGAGAACACUGUCCAAACCAUCUCGUCCUCUGUCGUCCCCUUCUCCUUGUGCCCUCCAUCUUUCCCAACAUCAGGGUCUUUUCCAGGGAGUCUUCUCUUCUCAUGAGGUGGCCAAAGUAUUGGAGCCUCAGCUUCAGGAUCUGUCCUUCCAGUGAGCACUCAGGGCUGAUUUCCUUCAGAAUGGAGAGGUUUGAUCUUCUUGCAGUCCAUGGGACUCUCAAGAGUCUCCUUCAGCACCAUAAUUCAAAAGCAUCAAUUCUUCGGCGAUCAGCCUUCUUUAUGGUCCAGCUCUCACUUCCGUACAUCACUACUGGGAAAACCAUAGCUUUAACUAUACUGACCUUUGUUGGCAAGGUGAUGUCUCUGCUUUUUAAGAUGCUGUCUUGUGUGCUACUGAAGCCAUACUCACAGAGCCAUCAAAAGGGACACACCCACACACCCAUAAGACCAUUAAGCCCAAAGUCUAAAAUCAGCUGCACCACUGAGAUCGUGCUGUUUAUAGUGCACUCAUCCUGCUUCCAAAGCUGGAUUUUCAAUACAAAACACGUAUGUAUGUCGUGCAUCGUUAUACGAUAUUCCUGUUUGAUAUGUUCUUUCUCAAACCAGAUUAACACUGAUUGGAAUUCUUAAGCUGUUCUGACUUGGUUUCUAGCCAAGGUAUGAACCCCCUAAAAAAAGGUAAAGGACCCCUGGACGGUUAAGUCUAGUCAAAGGCGACUGUGGGGUUGCGGCGCUCAUCUCGCUUUCAGGCCGAUGGAGCCAGCGUUUGUCCACAGACAGCUUUCCGGGUCAUGUGGUCAGCAGGACUAAACUGCUUCUGGUGCAAUGAGACACUGUGACAGAAACUAGAGUGCACGGAAACGCCGUUUACCUUCCCCGCUGCAGCGGUACCUAUUUAUCUACUUGCACUGGUGUGCUUUCGAACUGUUAGGUUGGCAGGAGCUGGGAUGGAGGAACGGGAGCUCAUCCUGUCACUGGGAAUCGAACCGCCGACUUUCCAAUUGGCAAGCCCAAGAGGCUCAGUGGUUUAGACCACAGCGCCACCUGCGUCCCUAACGCAGGGUAAAGACACUCUCAGCCCAACAAGGCCCCCUCGAUGCAUACAGAACAGAAGCAAAGUGAAGCCAUGCAGAUGUGAACAGUGUUUGUUGGGGGGGAGAGAUUUAGGAAGCACUGAAAAUGCAACCGCUGGAACGUGGCUUUUUGAACACAUUUUCAGUAAGAUGCAGGGCGUGGUACCCUAUAAUAACCUGGGUGAGGGAGGAGCAGGAGAGCAGCUCAAUAUGGGAUGCAGCUGCUCAGAAGGCUGGUUCUGAAGGAAAGUUUGACUCUUGCCUUGGUAUUGCCUAACUCUUCUCUCUUUUCCUUCUAGUAUAUUGGCAGCCUAGAUGUACCCCGGCCAAACAGCAGGGUGGAGAUUGUCACGGCCAUGAGACGCAUCAGGGUAAGUGGUGUCUGCUGUAUCCGAACAAGAUUCGUGUGAACAAGAGAGAGAUAUCUUAAUUCUAGAUGGUCAGGAGAGGUAACGCGGGAAUGCUGCGAUCCUUAUUAAGCCCCUUGUAAGCGGGUAAGCGCGGGUGGCGCUGUGGGUUAAACCACAGAGCCUAGGACUUGCCGAUCAGAAGGUCGGCGGUUCGAAUCCCCGUGACGGGGUGAGCUCCCGUUGCUCAGUCCCUGCUCCUGCCCACCUAGCAGUUUGAAAGCAUGUCAAAGUGCAAGUAGAUAAAUAGGUACCGCUCUGGCGGGAAGGUAAACGGCGUUUCCGUGCGCUCCUCUGGUUCGCCAGAAGCGGCUUAGUCAUGCUGGCCACAUGACCCGGAAGCUGUAGGCCGGCUCCCUCGGCCAGUAAAGCGAGAUGAGCGCCGCAACCCCAGAGUCGGUCACGACUGGACCUAAUGGUCAGGGGUCCUUUUACCUUUACCUUUAAGCAGGUAAACGUGGUCCCUUCCUCAACGGCAGUGGCUCAUGCUCUGUUUCUGCUGAUAAUAAUUUUAGCAACAUGAAUUCUUAUAGCACUACCAGUGCACCUAGUUCUUUAGGAAGUAAUAACAACAUGAGGAGGAAGGGUUCCUACCCCAGAGAGCUUGUGAUGUAAAAUUCAACCCAGGAAGGCAGUUGCAGAAGAAAGAAUUGUGGGUUCAGUUCAGUUGCACCCUCACCUGAGUGCUAACCAUUUCUGGCCUGAGGGCUCUAGUUAUUCUUGGCCCAUGGAAACAAUUAUUUUGCCUGCCCUGCCUCUCCCUCUCCCCCCUCAGUGAAUGUUUCUGGAUUCUGUAUUAGCUGAUAACAUGCAGUACGGUGGAUUUCAUCAAUAAGCUCUUUCUAGAAACUUUGAAUACAGUGGUACCUUGGUUGUCAAACGUAAUCCGUUGGAAAACCAAGGUGUGGCUUCCAAUUGGCUGCAGGAUUGGCCAAUCAGAAGCUGCGGAAGCCACGACGGACAUUUGGCUUCCAAAAACAUUGCAAACUGGAACACUUACUUCCAGGUUUGCAGUGUUCAGGAGCCGAUUUGUUCAGGAGUCAAACCGUUUGACAACCAAGGUACCACUGUGGUAAGGUAGAUCAAAAAGAUGGAUAGAAAAUCUUCCUUAGAAGAACAUCUCCAACCAGCAGCUGACCUGUCAUGAGAAAUUCCCCCGUAUAUUGAAAUACCCAAGGUUGAUUAUUUGAAAAGUUUUCUUUCAAAUUUGUGGUCAGCAGAGUUGAGAGUGCAUUGUUGGCUAUCCAAGACCAUUCCUGUUACUGAAUGUGUAUCUUUUCAGGUAUGCUUAAACAAUGUGUGUGUUUGAGCGGAUUCCUUGCAUGCAGAUAAUAAAGAACAUAUUUUGCUCAUCCACACUUGCUUUUUCUGAUUCGUUAUCCUGUUCUCAAACAUUGCUUCAUCCUAUAAGGACGGUAGUUCGCCACCACCUCAGUUACGAUGUGCCUUAUUUGGGAAGGCAAAAAAACAUGGUGGACGAGAACCUCCCGUGACAGCAGAUAGUUCUUUGUAGGACAUUAUGCAGUGUGCAAGAGCCUGUUGAAUUUGCCCCAGGAGGACCAGCGCUUCUUCGCUGCUCUCCGUUUCUGAACAGCGAUGAGCGCAAGAACAAAAAAUUCCUUGCUGCUGGCCUGCGCAGACUCGUCCCAGAGGUCUCCAACCUCUGUUCCCCCAUCCCUGCCCAGCCGUGUGCUAAUGAAGCGGGGGAAAGCAGAGUAAUGGAAUUCCUCAGAUUCCAGCCUUAAUCUGCCGCUCUGGAUUCCAUCUCAAGCUUAGCAGACAAGGAGGGAGGGAGCUGCCUGCCAGACGUCUUGGAAGCGGGGGGUGGGGGGGGCUAGCUUUUCCGGGAAUCACAAGGCCAACAUGACCCAGGCAAAGGUGUGGUGGAGCAGCAGUUGCCUUGUAUUGAAGCCGAAGAACGAGAGAAACCCUGGCAAGGAGUACAACUUCCAAGCGCUUAGCUAAGAAGUGUUUAAAAUGCAGAAUAGGACCUGUUUUGGGUAGGGGGGGGGAGUGUGUCAAAGCCCUAGGUCAAUAUAGCUGCUUCGGAUUUUUUCGCUUUGCGUAAUAGGUAAAGGGACCCCUGACCAUUAGGUCCAGUCAUGACCGACUCUGGGGUUGCGGCGUUCAUCUCGCUUUACUGGCCGAGGGAGCCGGCGUGCAGCUUCCAGGUCAUGUGGCCAGCAUGACUAAGCCGCUUCUGGCGAACCAGAGCAGUGCACAGAAACGCCGUUUACCUUCCCGCCAGAGUGGUACCUAUUUAUCUACUUGCACUUUGAUGUGCUUUCGAACUGCUAGGUUGGCAGGAGCUGGGACCGAACAACGGGAGCUCACCCCGUCGCGGGAAUUCGAACUGCCAAGCUUCUGAUCGGCGAGUCCUAGGCUCUGUGGUUUAACCCACAGCGCCACCCGCGUCCCUUGCGUAAUAGAUGUGCUUAUGUUAGGACCGGUUGAUGCUGCCAUGAUUGGUGGUAAUUUUUUUAGUGUUUUAUCAACUGACCCUUAUUAUGGUCAGCGGGGGGGGGGGUGUAAGCAACGCUAGCAUUUUCAUGGAUUUUUGAGACUUACCCUUUAAAGAGGGGUUGGAUUCGUGAGAGAGACAACCUCAAUUUCAAAAAGGAGUGAGAACCAUUUAUAAACUAUAAUGGACGCUCGGGUUGCGAACGUGAUCCAUGCGCGGUGCACGUUCGCAACCCGCAGCGGGGCGUCUAUGCACACGCAGAUUGCGAUUCAGCGCUUUUGAGCAUGCGCAAAGUGCGAUUUAGCGCUUCUGCGCAUGCGAGACCACCAAAACCCGGAAGUAACCGUUCCGGUACUUCCGGGUUUCGGCGGGUGUGUUACCCGAAAAAACACAACCUGAAGCGACUGUAACCCGAGGUAUGACUGUACAGUGGUACCUCAGGUUACAUACGCUUCAGGUUACAUACGCUUCAGGUUACAGACUCCGCUAACCCAAAAAUAGUACCUCGGGUUAAGAAAUUUACUUCAGGAUGAGAACAGAAAUCAUGCGGUGGUGGCAGCUGGAGGUCCCAUUAGCUAAAGUGGUGCCUCAGGUUAAGAACAGUUUCAGGUUAAGAACGGACCUCCAGAACAAAUUAAGUACUUAACCCCAGGUACCACUGUAAUAAUAAUAAUAAAGAGGAGCGCUUCGUGGCUGCAGCGCAAGAGUUUGCUCCAAGAGACAGACUUGCCCAAGUUUCAUCUAGUACAGUGGUACCUCAGGUUACAUACGCUUCAGGUUACAGACUCCGCUAACCCAGAAAUAGUGCUUCAGGUUAAGAACUUUGCUUCAGGAUGAGAACAGAAAUCGUGCGGUGGUGGCAGCGGGAGGCCCCAUUAGCUAAAGUGGUGCUUCAGGUUAAGAACAGUUUCAGGUUAAAAACAGACCUCCAGAACGAAUUAAGUACUUAACCCCAGGUACCACUGUAUAUAAAAAGACAGUAUAAAGAUUUGGACUCAUUGGCAGGUUUUGACUAAACUUUCAGAACUAUAUAAGAGGUAAAAACCAGCAGGGUAUAGAAUUUGUUUAAUAAAUCAAUACGGAAAUACGGGGGAAGCCAAAGUGGGGGGGGGGGAGAAAUAUGGAUAUAUAAAUUGUUCGAUUAAGAUUUGUGGAAAAAUUGUUCUUACAAUUUGAAAAUUUAAUAGAAAUUAUUAAAAAAUAAAAAUAAAGAGAGGGUUGAAUUCCCCAAUGUAUAUCCUAUAGAGAAGAGCAGAGCAGAGUUCAGCACAUUACAUUCCUGCCCGACCCCAUCCCACAGCUGCCAGGAAUUUCUGCAGCACCCUGUUCCCUCCGUCUGGCUCUCUUGGAGAAGCCACCUAGGCAGAAUAAAGAGGAGCCCUUCGUGGCAGUGGCGCAAGAGUUUGCUCUGCCGUUGGCUGCUUGCUGUCCAGGGCCGUUCAGGAGAGCCUUUGCGGAAAGAUCUCCGGAAGAAAGCCCAAGUUCUGGUGGCGCUUCUUUCCCUGGGGGGGUCAGGUGAUGGUUGGAGACCUUCCCAAUUUCUCCUUCCAUGGAUUUGGUCUCCAAUAUGACACCCCACCCCCCUUCCCGGCUGCUUCUUGUUUCUCUCUCCUCCCAUGGUAAAGAAGCACAGCCCCUUCAGAGGAGUGUGGUAGCCUCUGGCUUUUGUCAGGAAUGCCUGGAAUGGCUGUUGCAUGUGGUCAUUUUUCACCUUAGGCCUUUCCUAAAACCCCCCCAUAUUCUAUCAAAACAGUGUCAGGAAAUCCAGUUCGCUUACGCCAAUGCGACUUUUAGUCUAGCUUCUCAGUUUUUAUUUUCAUUUUGUAAAUUUAAAGUUUAACGUGUAAUUUCCACGUAUAAUUCUUGGUCAUUGUUGCAAACCAUACAAUUCAGGUCGUCUAAUCCUACACAACUACAAAUUUCAGAUUAUAAAGCUUAAAGAAAGAAAGAAAGAACCGGACCCGCCUCAAAGAGCUAAAUGAGACAGCAACAUGCAAGUGUGUGCGAACGAGAAUAACUGUAUAAAUAUCUGCCUUCCCAUAAGGAGAAGCGCACUUGGCCCACGGUUCCUGGUUGUAUGGAGGAGCCCGUUGUGUGUUUUCACUAGCACUGAAAAGUGAUUUCGAAGAUGCACUUGGUGUGUGCGGACAGAUGGCAUGUCUAAGACAUUAUUGCCAGCAGCACAUAACAACAACAACAAUAACGAUAAUAAUUUAUCAUUUGUACCCCACCCAUCUGGCUGGGUUCCCCCAGCCACUCUGGGCGGCUUCCAACAAAGAUUUUAAAUACAUUAAAAUGCCACACACCAAAACCUUCCCUAAACAGGGCUGCCUUCAGCUGUCUUCUAAAUGUCAGGUAGUUGUUUAUUUCCUUGACAUCUGGUGGGAGGGCGUUCCACAGGGCGGGCGCCACUACCGAGAAGGCCCUCUGUCUGGUUCCCUGUAGCUUUGCUUCUCACAGUGAGGGAACCGCCAGAAGGCCCUUGGCACUGGACCUCAGUGUCCGGGUAGAACGAUGGGGGUGGAGACGCUCCUUCAGGUAUACUGGGCCGAGACCGUUUAAGGCUUUAAUGGUCAGCGUCAGCACUUUGAAUUGUGCUUGGAAACGUACUGGGAGCCAAUGUAGGUCUUUCAGGACUGGUGUUAUGUGGUCUCAGCAGCUGCUCCCAGUCACCAGUCUAGCUGCCACAUUCUGGAUUAGUUGUAGUUUCUGGGUCACCUUCAAAGGUAGCCCCAUGUAGAGCACAUUGCAGUAGUCCAAGCAAGAGAUAACUAGAGCAUGCACCACUCUGGCGAGACAGUCUGCAGGCAGGUAGGGUCUCAGCCAGAUGGAGCUGGUAGGUAGCUGCCCUGGAUACAGAAUUGACCUGUGCCUCCAUGGACACCUGUGAGUCCAAAAUGACUCCCAGGUGGUGCACCUGGUCCUUCAGGGGCACAGUUACCCCAUUCAGGACCAGGAAGUCCUCCACCCCCGCCCACCCCCUGUCCCCCAAGAACAGUACUUCUGUCUUGUCAGGAUUCAACCUCAAUCCAUUAGCCGCCAUCCAUCCUCCAACCGCCUCCAGGCACUCACACAGGAUCUUCACUGCCUUCACUGGUUCCUACUCUCUCCUCAUGCUCCCAGUGAACUUUUUCCUUUUCUUUCUUUGAGGGCACAUGUGAUCUAGAACUGAUGAGGGACCUUCUCCUCGGGAAAUAUGGGAAGAUGGCGAGCUGUUUGUCACCCUGCCCCCGCCCCAAAUACUCCUGGCGGGAACAAAUGGUUCUGCGAGCCCUAAUGCUUCGCCAGCCUCUCUGCUUUGCUCUCCCAGGCGGGAAAGGCUGGCAAAGAUCCAACCAUGGGCGUAAAGCGAUGGAGUAAUCGGCUACCCACGUUUCUCACGAGGGAAAAAGAAAUCAGAAAUAGGCUGAGGAAAUCGGCAUUGUCUUGCAUUUUUGUGGCCUUUCUAAGCCACACAAUCCUAGGUUAGGUACGAAUCCCCCUGAGCACCUCAGCUGUUCUCCACAAGCCACCGUCCUAAUAGAUGCAUUCUCUGUGGAGAGAUUCACGUGGCUUCACAUCCCAAAAGUGUUCAGUAAAGAGGCUGGAAGAUUACCCACUCACUCGGUGAAAACUGAUCUUGGGGAAAGGUCUCUAGGAAUGGCAUAGUUUAUUCCUGAGCGGCCCGUUUUAUCUUUUGUCUGCCCUAUCCCAAGGGACGCGGGUGGCGCUAUGGGUUAAACCACAGAGCCUAGGACUUGCCGAUCAGAAGGUCGGCGGUUCGAAUCCCCACGACGGGGUGAGCUCCCGUUGCUCGGUCCCUGCUCCUGCCAACCUCGCAGUUCGAAAGCACGUCAAAGUGCAAGUAGAUAAAUAGGUACCGCUCUGACGGGAAGGUAAACAGCAUUUCCAUGUGCCACUCUGGUUCGCCAGAAGCGGCUUAGUCAUGCUGGCCACAUGACCCGGAAGCUGUAGGCCGGCUCCCUCGGCCAAUAAAGCGAGAUGAGCGCCGCAACCCCAGAGUCGGUCACGACUGGACCUAAUGGUCAGGGGUCCCUUUACCUUUACCUUUAUCCCAAGUGUUACACCUCAUACCUUGGUAAAUUCCCCCUUUUUGAACUCCCAAAGGCUUUGAAGCCUGGAGGAUGUAAUUGGGAAGAUCUUGUUCUGUGCAUUUGAACCCCUGGAUGCAAGGAUUUAAAUAUUUAUCAGGAUCCUGAAUACCCGAGGCCCAAGCAUACUUUUGUACCCUUUUGCUGUUUAUAUUUCUUUACUCCCCUUCCAACUCUUGCCUCUUCUGGAGGACAAAAAGGUUGCCGCCGUUUUGUGACACGUUUGGCUGGUCCUAAUAAAAGAUAUUAUGCUACUGUGGAUUAUUUCUGCCCCCCUUAUGGGCCAGCAUGGCUUCCUUUGCUCAUUCCUCCUGCUUUGUGGCUCUUAGAUGUUCUGAGAACUUGAGUUAGGGACCUGGUCUUCUCUGAUCUUGGAUGGCAAAAGGGUAGAGUUUCUGCUUUUUUAAAUAGCCUCUGUGGAAAAUCAAGGAGAUGCUAAAGACAAAGGUCAGUUUGGAGAGGUUGGGGGACUCUCAUCCACUCCCCCUGGCCCAAAUUUUAUAUGAAUAUUAUAUAACCGCCCUGGAUGUGUGUAUGAGUUUGUUUUGCUUGUGUAAACUAUUGAGAGGUAGAAGCAGUGUGCAUUAAACUGAUGAAUUCUGUCACAUGUGACCUUUUGAAAACAGGAUCUUCCUGAUUCUAUGAUUUGAUGUUGGCACCAGGCCUAUGUCCUUCUGUGACAUUGUUGACAAGGAAAUCCAGCUUUCUAUCGCAUUGCCAUUCCCUGUUCCUGCCCCGAAAUGAUCGAUAUAUGCCCCUCUCUUGGCAGUUUGCAAAUGCAGAAUUCCAUGCUGGUCCCCUGCCUGGAGCAAGUCUGUCUGGAUAAAUAAGGGUCAUGGAGAUGACAUGAAGCAGUUUCCCAUGGCGCAAGACCCUUUAGGAGAUAGUUACACUCGGACAAGUCUUGGCAAAUGUGCUUCUCAGCAGCCCAAUGGUCAGUUAAGGCCGGUAUCUGUCUUGAGGGCAUGCCGGUGGCUAACCAAGCCAGAAAACAGAACUGCCGACUCAGGAUUUAACCGGGAGGCAUUGACGUUUUUAUUAAAGAUAAGAUACAACGUUUAAGAGUUUGCAUUGUGGUUACAGAAGUGGAUGGUUUUUACAAAUGGUACAGAUCUGUAACUAAUAAAGAAAAUGAAGAUCUGCUUGAGCAUUUGGGUGAGCCCGUGAGAAUGAAAUGCAAUGCAAAAUAAACUUGAGAUAAAACAAAAGCUAUGCAGUUUGCGAAGCUGGCAUUACAAAUAUAGGAAGCAAGCAGCCAACUGAACCACGUCCGUCGUUGAUUAAAUAAUUUGUUCUACUUGGUCCAAAGUGCAGAAAUGCAGUGGGGAGAAUAAUUCUCAGUCUGUGCUGCUGUCUGGCUUUUUAUACUUCUGUUUUGGUUAAAGGAAAAGCUGUGAUGGUUGGACGAUGCUUCCAUCACCAAUGGAGGAGCUACCUCCAGCUAUUGCAAUGGCCCUUACGUUUCCUGAUAGGAAUGUCUCGCCCCUGACUUCAUACUGUGUGUCUGGACCUUCCCAACACCUGGGUAUCUUGACUGAUUCACACGUCCUUCCUUGUCACCAUCUUCUGUCAUGGUUAUGACAGCGUGAAAUAAUCUGCGUCUCAUCUGCAGUAUUGCUAUUCCUUAAGAACUGAUGUUGUUGUUGUUGUUUAGUCGUUUAGUCGUGUCCGAUUCUUUGUGACCCCAUGGACCAGAGCACGCCAGGCACUCCUGUCUUCCACUGCCUCCCGCAGUUUGGUCAAACUCAUGCUGGUAGCUUCGAGAACACUGUCCAACCAUCUCGUCCUCUGUCGUCCCCUUCUCCUUGUGCCCUCCAUCUUUCCCAACAUCAGGGUCUUUUCCAGGGAGUCUUCUCUUCUCAUGAGGUGGCCUAAGUAUUGGAGCCUCAGCUUCAGGAUCUGUCCUUCCAGUGAGCACUCAGGGCUGAUUUCCUUCAGAAUGGAUAGGUUUGAUCUUGCAGUCCAUGGGACUCUCAAGAGUCUCCUCCAACACCAUAAUUCAAAAGCAUCAAUUCUUCGGCGAUCAGCCUUCUUUAUGGACUGAUGUACACCAAGGAAAAAAGGUUUCCUAUUGCUAAGCAAGGACCCUCUCCUCAUCAGUGACGGAGCCUACUCAGGGCUCAACCACACUAACCUUCGCUCAGCACAGCUCUGGGCAAAGGGCAAGGGCUUUCUAGGUCUGUGUUUGAGUCCUUCCUUCCUUUUUGCCCCAGUGCUCUCCCUUUAAAAUGCUGCUCUUUACUGCGGAAUUGGAACAAAUGGCAAUCUGCGGACAACUCAAAUUGCUCCAAUUCAGUGGUAAAUGUCGGGUUUUCCUGAAGAAAGCACCGGGGCAAAAACAACAAAAAACAACUAGUGUUAAAAUAUGGACUGGAGAAGCAUGAGCCUGUGGCUAGAAAGGCUACGUGUGGAUGAGCCCUUAGUCUUCAGCAGGUCUUUCUCAGCAGCUGUGAAUCAUGUACGAAAACAAUCCUUGCUUUAUUCUCCUGUAUAAAACAGUUAUUGUAAAGCAGCUUGUGCAAUAAUUUUCCAUCAAAGGCUCGGAUUUCACUCUGUACCUGAAGGUGCAUAGAGGCUCCGUCACACAAUCUGAGAUCUUCAUACAGAGAACAUACUGAAGUCUUAAAAUCUUUCAGGGGUCACUUGUGACUCCCCAUUAUCAUACCUCUGGAGGAUGUCUCAGGAUCCUGACUGAAACUACAGUGGUACCUUGGUUUACGAACUUAAUCUGUUCCGAAAGUCUGUUCUUAAACCGAAACCGUUCUCAAACCGAGGCGUGCUUUCCCUAAUGAGGCCUCCCGCCACCGGUGCCCUCCCAACGUUCGGCUUCCGUUCUUAGACCGAGGUAAAGUUAUCAAAACAAGACACUAUUUCCAGUUUUGCGGAGUUUGUAAACCAAAUUGUUCUUAAACCGAGGUACCACUGUAUUUGAUGGUUUUAGGAUGAAAGUAACGCUGCCUUGUCAGUCUUGUCCUGCCGUAGUUCAUUCAGAUGUCAAAGAGAUAAACAACUAUAUGACAUUUAGAAGACAUCUGAAGGCAGCCCUGUUUAGGGAAGCGACUAAUGUUUUAAUGUAUUUUUAACCUUCUGUUGGAAGCCGCCCAGAGUGGCUAGGGAAACCCAGCCAGAUGGGCGGGGUAGAAAUAAUAAAUUAUUAUUAUUAUUAUUCCCGUGGAGCUGGCUUCAGGAAUUCUGCGGAGGGCUGUACUUCAUGCCAAAUGUGCUCCUGAGGCUCGUGCUUCAUGUUAGUGCUGAGACAGUGAGUUUGACCCAUCAUCCAUUUGUACUUCUCUGUUUUGUACAAGUCAGAAGUGGCUCAGAAGCUAGGAAAGGGUACGUUCUAUUAUAUGUGGUGGACCUGUAGAAGGGAAAAAGAGUGAUGGGAAAUAAUUCACAGUGAACUGAAAAAAAAAUGUUUAAAAGCACUCCCCCCAAAAAACAAACAAACCCAGAGUCCUUUCUGUUGGGCAUAAUUCAGACUGAAAUUCCCAGGUGUCAAAAAAGGUUAUUUAUGUAUGCCACUACUGCAGCCCGUGUUUCAUUAGCCCAAAAAUGGAAAAAGAGUGAGGUCCCAACUAAAGAAGAAUGGCAAAUUAAACUGAUGGACUAUGCGCAGCUUGCGGACCUAAUUAUAGAAUAAGAGAACAAGAAAAACAUAUGUUUAAAGAAGAUUGGAAAACGUUUGUUGAAUAUAUGGAGGGAAAUUGUGUAUGAACCAUGGAAAGAGAGGAAGGGAAGUCGUUGAUAUUUUAAGGUUGUUUAAGUGAAUAUUAGGGACGUGGAUGGCGUUGUGGGUUAAACCACAGAGCCUAGGACUUCCCGAUCAGAAGGUCGGCGGUUCGAAUCCCCGCGACGGGGUGAGCUCCCGUUGCUCGGUCCCUGCUCCUGCCAACCUAGCAGUUCGAAAGCAUGUCAAAGUGCAAGUAGAUAAAUAGGUACUGCUCUGGCGGGAAGGUAAACGGCGUUUCCGUGCGCUGCUCUGGUUCGCCAGAAGCGGCUUAGUCAUGCUGGCCACAUGACCCAGAAGCUGUAUGCCGGCUCCCUCGACCAAUAAAGCGAGAUGAGUGCCGCAACCCCAGAGUCGUUCGCGACUGGACCUAAUGGUCAGGGGUCCCUUUACCGUUAAGUGAAUAUUCUAAAAUGUAAAACAGAAAGAAAAGGUGUCUUCCUCAACAGGCAGUCAGCUGGCCAGGCCUGCGGAAGCUCCUUGCUGGGGUAUCCCCUCCAAGCACAUUGCAUCUGCCGCUGACGCUGCCCUUGUCCGGGGCCCACCUGUCUGGCCCCCUUAUGAGGUUGCUUGCGCAUACCAGGGUCCACACAAAGUGCCCCUAGGAAACAUGGUAGCUGUGACAUGGGGGCUGCCUUGCACAUGAAAUAAGUCUCUGGGGGUGGCAGACCAAGGGGUGGGUUCGUGUUCUGCACAAAUAGUUUGGAGACGCUGCUGAGGGGGCCUUCCUUCCUGUUGUGCUUUUGCUCCCCACAGUACGAGUUCAAAGCCAAAAGUAUAAAGAAGAAGAAGGUCACUCUCAUGGUGUCUGUGGAUGGCGUGAAGGUGCUGCUGAAGAAAAAGAAGAAGAAAAAGGUGAGCUCCCGAUUUCUCGGGCUGCAAUAAACUCUGGGCACCGUCUGUGCAAUUCCUCCCUUAGGCUGGAUGGAAAGAGAUUUCUGUGCACCAAAGCGUUGACUUUCAUGAGGCGUCCACUGUCCUAUCCGGCUCCGUGAGGUAAAUGAGAGCCGACUCUUCCCCCCCCAUAUUUGCUCGGGGCACUUUUCUGCCCAGCAGGACGCAACCUGGGUGGCAAGGUUUCUUUUUGACUCUGCCGGACAGGCCCUUACCAGAAUUGGUCAAAUCAAAUGUUACAGAGGGGAAUGGCCCAGUCUUACAGGCAGCAGUGGCAGUGGUGGGGGACGGGGACGGGCGGAUGGACAGACAAAACAGAGGACACUUCUUUCUCUCCUUAGUGGACCCUGUCCCUGCUGCUGUUGCCAUAAGAAGAAUGAGCAGUGAGCCUGCGUUUUCAAAUGCACAGCAGCAUUUCUUAUUGCGUUGAGGGGGAAAUGAAGGAGAGAACGGAUCUUGUGGGAGGUACAAAAAGGUGCUUUGAAACGCAGUCUUCUUGUGCUUCCUACAGCGGGGCAGGGCGAGGGGAGACCAAGGGAAGAAAGAAGCUUCCUUCUCCUCUUUGCUCUCCUUCCACCCCACUGCCACUGCUUCCGGGUGCACAAAAAAGGGACGUGGGUGGCGCUGUGGGUUAAACCACAGAGCCUAGGACUUGCUGAUCAGAAGGUUGGCGGUUCGAAUCCCCGCGACAGGGUGAGCUCCCGUUGCUCGGUCCCUGCUCCUGCCAACCAAACAGUUCGAAAGCACAUCAAAGUGCAAGUAGAUAAAUAGGUACCACUCCGGCGGAAAGGUAAACGGCGUUUCCAUGCGCUGCUCUGGUUCGCCAGAAGCGGCUCCGUCAUGCUGGCCACAUGACCCAGAAGCUGUACGCCGGCUCCCUCAGCCAAUAAAGCGAGAUGAGUGCCGCAACCCCAGAGUUGGUCACAACUGGACCUAAUGGUCAGGGGUCCCUUUACCUUUACCUUUACAGCUUACAGGCCUUGUUUGGCUGUGUGCUCCUCUUACCUGAGUAGAACCUAAACCUUGCCCAUCAGCUGGCUAGCGCAGGCCAUAUCCUGCUGCAUUGGCUGCAGGUGCCUCUUGCUUCCUGGCAAAAGGCACCUGCAGCCAAUGCAGAGUCAAAUCUCAUCCCGCCCGCCCUGCGGGUUGCAGGUGACAUCAGCUGAUGCCAGGUCACCUGAAGGAUUGUGGGUGCACAAAACCUUCCUUGUGAGCUUUGUAAUAACUCUGCCACUCAGUGAGGCAUCUGUCUUGCUUAUACGCAGCUCUCUUUUGCAGAAGAAAGAGUGGGACUGGGACGAGAGCAAACUGCUGGUGAUGCACGACCCGAUCUACAGGUGAGAUCUCGAGAGCAAGGAAGGAGUGUCGGCUCAUAGCGCACUUAACUUGAUCGGUCGGUGUCUGGCCAAAGGAAAUCUACAGUUGGACCUCUGGCCACUGCUGGCAGGUUAAUGAAAGGGGAAGCAGAGCCUUGUCUCAGGAAGAAGGGAACCUCGCCCUGCAGACGAGGCACAAGGAGAGGAUGGGCUCGGUCGCUUUAAAAGCAAAAAACCCCCACAUAAAAUGGAAAAGGACAUGGUCUUGCUUGUCACUAUUCACAAGAGCCAGUUGAUGCCCCCUGCAGGUUGAUAGCAGGUGGACUUUUCUGGGUCAGGGAUCCCCUCGCCUCUCUGAGCGUUCCCACAUGAAGCCUGAUGUCCUUCAUUAGUGCCUCAUGUCCUGUAUGUAGAGGGACACGGGUGGCGCUGUGGUCUACACUACUGAGCCCCUUGGGCUUGCCGAUCGGAAGGUCGGUGGUUCGGAUCCCCGCAAUGGAGUGAGCGCCCAUUUCUCUGUCCCAGCUCCUGCCAACCUAGCAGUUUGAAAGCACGCCGGUGCAAGUAGAUAAAUAGGUACCACUGUGGCGGGAAGGUAAACAGCAUUUCUGUGCGCUCUGGUUUCCGUCAUGGUGUUCCGUUGUGCCAAAAGCGUUUUAGUCCUGCUGGCCACAUGACCCAGAAAGCUGUCUGUGGACAAACGCCGGCUCCCUUGGCCUGAAAGCAAGAUGAGUGCCGCAAGCCCAUUGUUGCCUUUGACUGGACUUAACCAUCCAGGAGUCCUUUACUUUUACCUUUUUAUCUUUAUGCAGGUAAAGGUAAAGGGACCCCUGACCGUUAGGUCCAGUCCUGGCCGACUCUGGGGUUGCGGCGCUCAUCUCGCUUUACUGGCUGAGGGAGCCAGCGUACAGCUUCCGGGUCAUGUGGCCAGCAUGACUAAGCCGCUUCUGGAGAACCAGAGCAGCGCACGGAAACGCCGUUUACCUUCCCGCCGGAGCGGUACCUAUUUAUCUACUUGCACUUUGACGUGCUUUCGAACUGCUAGGUUGGCAGGAGCAGGGACCGAGCAACGGGAGCUCACCCCGUCGCAGGGAUUCGAACCGCCGACCUUCCGAUUAGCAAGUCCUAGGCUCUGUGGUUUAACCUACAGCACCACCCACGUCCCUUCUUUAUGCAGAGCCCACCCCAAAUAACCAUUCCAAAACAGGAGUUCCCUACUUGCCCUUGUCCUGAUUUCCUCUUGUGCCCGGGUGGGAAGCUCUUAUUGGACUCCCACCCACGGCAACCAGUAUGGCCAGUGCCCAGGGGUGAUGGGACUUAUGAGUCCCACCACAGCUGGAAGGCCACAGGCUCCCAUCCCAGCCAAAGAGCAUGGGAGCCUCUUUUGCACAUCUUGAGCAUCUGUACAAUUACUGUGCCAUUCCUGCAGGAUAUUCUACGUGUCCCACGAUUCCCAGGACCUGAAGAUCUUCAGCUACAUUGCCAGGGAUGGCUCCAGCAACGUCUUCCGCUGCAACGUCUUCAAGUCGAAGAAGAAGGUGAGCUCCAAGCUGGUCUGGUCUGGCCAGCAGCAGGCAAAGCUUGAGGUGGAGCCUCUGAGUAUCUCUGUUUGCGGGGCAGGAUCAUGGUGUAAAUGUGGCGUUAGCACCUCUGGCAGAGCUUGCAGCUGGAGACACAUUGUGGAACCUCAGGCCUACUUAGAUGGGGAUUGUGAGCAGGUUACAAGGAAGGCAAUUUUCUCCCCCAGAUUGAAGCUAGUAUGAGAAAAGACCACCUGAGAAAGGUUUUUUCCCUUCUUUUACUCUUUCUUUCUGUUUUUACAUGCUAUGGUAGACUAAAACACCUGGAGGGGCCACCUCUGGACUUAAGAAUUGGCUUCCCAUGGAGAUGCAAAGAGGUGGAGGGAAUGUUCUUUCAUAUGGGGGGGGGGACUUGUAAAAGGGUAGAAGAGUACAGUGGUGCCUCGCAAGACGAAAUUAAUCCGUUCCGCGAGUAUCUUCGUCUAGCGGUUUUUUCGUCUUGCGAAGCAACCCUAUUAGUGGAUUAGCGCUAUUAGCAGUUUAGUGGCUAUUAAAGGCUUAGCGGCUUAACGGCUUAGCUGCUAAAAGGCUAUUAAAGGCUUAGCGGCUUAGAGAAAGGGGGGGGAGCGAAAAAAAAUCUCAAGACUUGCAAGACAUUUUCGUCUUGCGAAGCAAGCCCAUAGGGAAAUUUGUCCUGCGAAGCGCAUCGAAAAACGGAAAACCCUUUCGUCUAGCGGGUUUUCCGUCUUGCGAGGCAUUCAUCUUGCGGGGCAUCACGGUAUUGGGAAAUGGUCCAUAAUGAAUUGGGGAAAGAAUUAAAAGUACUUCCCCCCCCCAAAAAAAAACCCAGAGUCCUUUCUGUUGGGGAUAAUUCAGACUGAAAUUCCCAGGUGUCAAAAAACGUUAUUUCUAUAUGCCAUUACUGCAGCCCAUAUUUUGUUAGCCCAAAAAUGGAAAACGAGUGAAGUCCCAACCAAAGAAGAAUGGGAACUUAAGUUGACAGAAUAUGUGCAGCUUGCAGACUUAACCUAUAGAAUAAGAGAACAAGAGGAACAUACAUUUAGAGAAGAUUGGAAAACGUUUAUUGAAUAUAUGGGAAAUAAUUGUGUACAGCUGAAAACCCUGGCAGCAUUAAGAUAAAAUCAACAGUGUAAACAAGUUUUGAUUGAUGUAAUAAUGGAACACUGAAUGGUUUAGUUUAUGUACAAUAUGCAGGGUUUUAUGAUAUGCAAAAUGAACCAUGGAAAGAGAAGUAGGAAAGUCAUUGAUAUCUUAAGGAUGUUUAAUGAGUAUUUUAAAUUGUAAAACGGAAAACUUAAUAAAAAUUAUUUAAAAGAGAGAGAGGGAGGAUGGGGGAGCUGGGGACAGUUACUUGGGCACAAAUGCCUUGCCUGGACUGCUUGAAUGGUCAGGAUCCUGUGGGGCGCUACCUUCAGUUGGAGUUGCAUCCUUGGGUUUCUCUCCAGCUUGCAUCAGGGCAGAGGUGCAGGAGGUUCUCGAUUUGGCAAAGGGUCCAUGGUUCUUUGUGUCCCGGGAAGAACCUCUUUCCUUGCCUCUCUGCAGAGUCAGGCCAUGCGCAUUGUCCGAACUGUGGGGCAAGCGUUUGAGGUCUGCCACAAGCUGAGCCUGCAGCACACUCACCAGAAUGCGGACGGCCAAGAGGACAGCCAGAGCGAGAAGGGCAGAGAAGACCCGGAGGCGCCAGGUGCGUGGGCGAGGGCAAAGAGGCUGCUGCUGGCACCCUCAGUCUGGAUGUUCCUCCUCAGACUAAGCCCUGAAGAGAAUCACUCUCUUCUCAGAGCAACAGGGCUGGAGUGUGGAUCUGUCAUAGAUGCUUCGGUUGAGAUUCCUGGAAGGGUCCCUUCCAACGCCACAGUUCUGUGACUCUACAAUUCCAUAACCACCCCCGGGUGGGGAGGAAGCCCAACACCGUCCUCAUAGUGUCAGCCUACAGCAACGUGACGAGGAACCUUGCACUUAGCAAAGUUUGAGAAACUCCCUCUUCCUCUGACGCUGAGUUGAGAGGGUGGCAGAGCAAACAUCUGGCCCCAUUCUGACAGGGACUGGGAGAUGGCCUCCUCGGCCUGACCCUUCCAGAGAAGAAGAAGGCAGUUCAGAAUUACAACAGGGGUUUGAGGGAGGUCACAGGUCAGGGGAAGAUGAGGGGGAAAGUUGGGAAAUAAUGGGAGAGGAGGAGGAAGAAGAAGAAGCACCAAAGGGGCGACAGCUGAUGGACUCAGUGUCUUUAGAAAGCAUUCCAGACCCUCCAUCUCCCAGAAACUGGCGAACCUUGAAAGUAGGAGAGCAAAGAACUCAAAGGCAGAGGGCAUGUAGCAGGACCCUUAGCUGUGACACAUGAGAGAAGAACGGGGGUGGACACUCACUCGGGGCAACACCAUAAUUCCAAGAGGCUGUAUUCCCAAGCCUCUCUCUGUGAAUAUUGAAUAAAAAGCAGUUGGUAACAACUUUCCCUUGCCUUAUCCGUUCCUGGCGUCCUGCCAUGGGAGUUGGAUCCUCUGCCGCCUGACACAAUUCCCCCACAACCCACUGCCUGCCCCUUGGCAAGCAGGCCACCAGGAGCCUCCACCAGCCCCCUUGACCCUUAGAGGAGAAGAUUGCGGACUUCCUUCCAUUUUCUACCAAGAGUUUUCGGGGAUAAUUCCCUCCUCCUCCACCAUGCCCUCACGGUACCCUUUGUUUUCUCCUAGCCUUGCCUGAAGCCGAGUCGGUUGUUGCCGCUGAGGAAACGGACAUUGAUGCUGUGGACUCUGGGCUGCCGGGGAGGCACCACCUGGAGUUCAACAGGGGAGUGACGGACCUUGAUGCUGUCGGGGGAGAGCUGCCUGGCCUGCUUUGCACCAAGGUACGUUCAUCUUGAGGGACAAGGGUGGCGCUGUGGGUUAAACCAUAGAGCCUAGGACUUGCCGAUCAGAAGGUUGGCGGUUCUAAUCCCUGCGAUGGGGUGAGCUCCCAUUGCUCAGUCCCUGCUCCUGCCAACCUAGCAGUUCGAAAGCACACCAGUGCAAGUAGAUAAAUAGGUACCGCUCCAGUGGGAAGGUAAACAGCAUUUUUGUGCGUUGCUCUGGUUCACCGGAAGCUGUACGCCGGCUCCCUCGGCCAAUAAAGCGAGAGUCAUCCACGACUAGACCUAACGGUCAGAGGUAGCUUUAUAAGUGAAUCUGGUUGUAUUGGUCUGAAUUCUGCUAACCAGGUUUUAUACUGAUUGAAGGUCCCAAGUAAUUUUCAAGUUCCACUGAGAAUUCAGUGAGUGAAAGUUAAUAUUAAUGGCAACCCUGCCUGUUCCACCUAGGUGACAAUGAAGGAAGCAGUAACGACACAACUCCUCUCUGCCUACAAAAAUCUGUUGGCUCCCAUUUUGUAGAACCAGGAGUCUGCGAAAGAGCAGGCUUUAGCCACAGCACAGGAGCAGAAGAGAGGCCUGCAGAGCAAAUUUCCCAAGCCUUAGAGUCAUCUCGGGGGUGGGGGAAGACCCACGUUUCUACGGAUCUAAUCUGGGGGGGCAGGUUAAUAUUUCUUGCCUUAGAUAUGGCAAAUCAAAGCAACUCCGUGGUGUCUUCCCCCAGUGGGACUGAGGUCCAGCUCCGAGGGCCUUCUGGCGGUUCCCUCGCUGCGAGAAACCAAGUUACAGGGAACCAGGGAGAGAGCCUUCUCAGUAGUGGCACCCGCCUUGUGGAACGCCCUCCCACCAGAUGUCAAAGAGAAAAACAACUACCAGACUUUUAGAAGACACCUGAAGGCAGACCUGUUUAGGGAAGCUUUUAAUGUUAGUGGAUUAUUGUAUUUUAAUAUUCUGUUGGAAGCCGCCCAGAGUGGCUGGGGAAACCCAGCCAGAUGGGCGGGGUAUAAAUAAUAAAUUGUUGUUGUUGUUGUUGUUGUUUCUGAUUCCCUGCAGCUUGUUUGUCUUUUUCAGGGCUUGCUCCACAACGAGGACAUCCUCACGGCUUCCCCCGAGAUGUUGCUCCCAUCUUCUGCCCAGCUGUCUGAGCCAGGGACCCCUCUCUCUGCUCACCACCAAAGGCAGCUUUUGCAGCAGCUCUUGCAGCAGCAGACGCAGCAGACGCAAGUGGCCGUGGCGCAGGUUGUUAUCUUCUCUGUUCUGCGGGAGGGAAGAGCACAAAGGGAUCCACGGGGCAGAGCUGGUGCAUGAAAUGCUUCUGUCCUAGAAAUAGCCUGAUGCCUUAAAGGGCCAGUGGCUGGUGUCAUGAGAGAGAUGCCUUAUUGGGUCCCUGUGACUCUGUGUGGUGUACUGGUUAAGAGCGGUAGACUCGUAAUCUGGUGAACCGGGUUCGCUUCCCCGCUCCUCCACAUGCAGCUGCUGGGUGACCUUGGGCUAGUCACACUUCUCUGAAGUCUCUCAGCCCCACUCACCUCACAGAGUGUUUGUUAUGGGGGAGGAAGGGAAAUGAGAAUGUUAGCCACAUUGAGACUCCUCAGGGUAGUGAUAAAGCGGGAUAUCAAAUCCAAACUCUUCUUCUUCUCAUUCGCUCUCCUGCAUUGUUUUUUUUAUUGCUCGUUCAGUGUUUCCACGGAAUGUUGCUCAGGAGUCUGUUCCUCAUUCCUAGCUAUUUUUAAUUCUGCCUGCUAUCCCUUUUUUUAAAAAAAAACUUUUUUUAUUCAAAAUUAAAACAAAACAUAUUAUCCAGAAACAUAUCAUCCUUAUUUUUCCCCCAUUUCUCCUCCCUCCCCCCUCACAUAACACACCCACCCCCACCCCCGACUUCCCUCAGUUCCAGUCUUUGAUUUCUCUAAAAAUGCUGUUUCCCGCAUGUUACACAGUUGUAUAGAUCCUCAAACUAUUUAGCUGAUUAUUAUCAAUAAAAAAUUUGUGAAUGUUUAUUCAAAGCCAGCCUAGGGGUCCAGUUCGCUUUGUUGCGUCUUCAAAUACUUCGUAAAGGGUUCCCAUUCAUCUUUAAAGUCACAGUUAUCCUUGUCCCGUAGCUUGUAUGUCACUUUUGCCAGUUCUGCGUAGUCCAUCAAUUUUUCUUGCCAUGAUUCUUUAGGUUUUUAUUAUUAUUAUUACUCGUUCAGUGUUUCCACGGAAUGAUGCUCAGGAGUCUGUUCCUCAUUCCUAGCUAUUUUUAAAUCUGCCUGUUAUCCCAGCACGGCUUCCAACAGUUAUCUUGGCUUUCAAUAUCACCAGAAUACUGCUGUUCUCCGUCUUUGCCCCAGCUCAUUCUCCCUCCGUUCAGUCUGGCACCUCCAACUGCUUAUCCUGCCUAAUUGGAUGUCUCAUCACAAUUUCAAACUCAAGAUCUUUUCUCCUAAGCCUUCCUCUGAUCAUUUAUUCUCUCUCUUUAAAAAAAAAAAAAAAAAAUAUUAGAUUUUCCACAAUGAUAACACAAACCACAAAGCAAAAUGACACACAAAAACAGAAAAAAGAACAAUAAACAGAUAAACAAUAACAACAAACUUAAUUCUUCACAAAUCCACCUUUUAAACAUCUUGGUUGACUUCCUCAAAUCCCUCCCUUCUGAGUUUCCUUGUAAUUAAAAGUAACAGCUUUCCAAUAUCAUUAUUAAACUAAAACAAUUUCCAGUUGUAGUCCAUCUUAUUCACUUUUCUUAACAUUCUAAAUCCCAUUUAUUUAAUUAUAACUUCGUUUAAUCCUAGGCCUGUUUGUUUCUUUCAAGUAAUUUCUAAUUUUUUAUAUUACAAUAUUUAUUCAAAUAGUCCUUAAAUUUCCUCCAGUCCUCUUGAAACUCCUCUUCUUUCUGGUCGCGGAUUCUUCCAGUCAGGUCAGCUAGCUCCGAAAAGUCCAUCAUCUUCAUCUGCCAAUCUUCCACUGUUGGUAGUUCUUGUGUUUUCCAAUUUUUAGCAAGUAAUAUUCGAACGGCCGCCUGAUCAUUUAUUUUCAGUAGCCAGUAGCAAUGACCACGGCUUCCUCUGUUGUCCAGGCACCAAGCCUCGAUUUCAGCUUUGAAGGCUCCCUCUCUCUGGCUCUUAGCGUCACUCAGUGCCCAUCGCGUUUGUGCUCCCUGUGCCAUGUUGUGAAAAUCCACUUUUCCUGGGGGCAUUUUCUACCCUCUCUUUAGGAACCUGUAACUGCAUUCUCACACAGUUUGUCCUAGUUAACUUCAUGCUUCCUUCCCUCUGUUGGUUUCCCCCUUUCAAAAUAUGGGUAAGGAUCUGGCUUUCUUUGCUUCUGUUUCUCUGCAAAGCGUUAGAUACAUUUACAAAGACGCUGUCGAUGCUUCAGCACAUAUCUUGCAUCCCGGCUUUUUACAAUGAUGGGAUACAUGGUAGGUUUGUAUUUGAUCAUUGAUUAAAAAAUAAUAAUCUGUGGCUGUUUACCAUUAGAUUUUCCUUUAGUUACGCAGUGAUUUAGUACUUACGUCUGUUUCUGAAGCUAGCUUCUGUGACUGUUGUUUGUUGUUGUUUAGUCGUUUAGUCGUGUCCGACUCUUCGUGACCCCAUGGACCCAGAGCACUCCAGACACUCCUGUCUUCCACUGCCUCCCACAGUUUGGUCAAACUCAUGCAGGUAGCUUCGAGAACACUGUCCAACCAUCUCGUCCUCUGUCGUCCCCUUCCCCUUCUGCCCUCCAUCUUUCCCAACAUCAGGGUCUUUUCCAGGGAGUCUUCUCUUCUCAUGAGGUAGCCAAAGGAUUGGAGCCUCAGCUUCACGAUCUGUCCUUCCAGUGAGCACUCAAGGCUGGAUUUCCUUGAGAAUGGAUAGGUUUGAUCUUCUUGCAGUCCAUGGGACUCUCAAGAGUCUCCUAGGGCUAUUUUUUGCAUUAUAGCCACAACAGUGAUUAUCUGACGUUUAGUCCUGAUUCGUGAAUUCUGAAUACUUUGAGGCGAUUAAUUUUCAACAGGUCCUUUAGGGAAUCACCAACUCCAGCAAGAGUGAUUUGAAACAGAGCCAUGCCUCCAUUUUGUUUGUUUUUGUUUAAUUUAUAUCACUUUUAAGCAAUACUUUAUAUACAAUGGGAAAAGACAUGCAUAGGCCAAAUACAAUGUUGAAAAUAGCAUUUUCCAUAACAAAAAACCCAAACAUUCAUGUACAUGAAUUCAAGAAGGACCACCCUUCUGUCUGUUGCAGUUUAUUUAACAAUAUGCUAUAGAAGUAAGAAACGAGUUUUGUUUCCCCCCCUCAUUAUAUACAGUGAUUGAAUCUUCUUGCAAUUUUUCAUAUUUAUAGUAAUUCUAGAGCUUGCGUGAUUUACGCUAUAAUUGCGCUUCCUCAUUUCAAGUUUCACAUCGCUGAAUUAAAGAAAAGAAUAUGCUUCUUCCCUAUUAAAAUUAGCAUGGCCUGAGAAGUGAUCAUCCCUAUUUUAUUUUUAUUUCUUUGUAAACCCGAAACCAGUUUUUAUCAAUUUUGUUUCUGUCUCUGAGAUAGGUUAUUGUAUUUUAGUGUUUUGUUGGAUGCCGCCCAGAGUGGCUGGGGGGACCCAGCCAGAUGGGCGGGGUAUAAAUAAAUUAUUAUUAUUAUUAUUAUUAUUAUUAUUAUUAUUAUUAUUAUUAUUAUUGUGGCAAAGAUGCUUGGCCUGAAGGCAUGUUGCCAGGCGGUAGAAAAUGUGGGUGUGCCCACACUGUGCAUAAUGUAUGUCCCCAAAAUGUCCUCGUGGGGGGAGGGGGGAGUCCUGUAAAAAUAAGGGAGGAAGCCACGCCAUUGGGUGCCUUCUCCACAAAACAAUUUGCAAUGUUUCAGGAUCCCCCACCCCCUCCCCAAUUUGGGGAAACUAGCAGUUUUGUGACGGCCCUAGCAAGUGUGUUCCUACAUGGGUGCAGAGUGUCUUCCGAGAAGAUUUCCCUUUGCUUCCUUCCCCGCUUCCUCUGAGCAUCUCACCUGAGUCUUCCUUUAUCUCUGUUCCUGCAGGUGCACUUGCUGAAGGACCAGCUGGCAACAGAGGCCGCUGCCCGCCUUGAGGCCCAAGCCCGAGUGCACCAGCUCCUGCUUCAGAAUAAGGACCUCCUGAACCAUAUUUCGCUUCUGGUGAAGCAGGUGCAAGAACUAGAGGCAAAGCUGUUGGGAUCCAACCCCAGUAAGAGCUCCUUCUCCUCCAUAUUCCUCCUCCCUUGUCAUUCUUCUGCUUCUCCUUAACGCUUAGAGCAAGCUUUUCAUCUGACAGUUGCUCUUCUGCCUUUGUGCUUACCAUCGCAGUGACACUGUGAGCAGGAGUGGAGGAAGGGGGGUGCGGUGGGGGUGGGCCGCCCCGGGUGUCACCACUGGGGGGGUGACAAAAUGCCAGAUGGCACUCACCGUGGGGUCUGCAGCGCGCCUGAGCUACCCGUCUCUCCUGGGAGUGACACGAUGGCUUGGGCGCCCGCAGGCUCCACUCUGCCCCAAACGGUCCGCCCGCCGCCUCCCCCUCAGGUAUAGGGCAGCUGAGUGGGAGGAGGCAGGCAGACUCCUUGAGGCCCCACGGAGCGUCCUGCCCUGGCUUGCCCCGCCAUUGACUGUGAGGCAGGGAUUUCCCCCGAUCUGUUCAUUGAAAUAUUUAUAUAUUGUUUUCCCGGUUGCUAAAAGCAGUUUGCAAGCCAUUCAAAGCUAAACAAAUCAGAAGGUGUCAGCAAAAUCCCAGCUACAGAAAGAUGUCACCUGAAAUCCAACCUAAAGAAACAUGUAUUUUCAGCCCGUAUAAAAUGAAAAUGGGGGUUAGCCUGUACCAAUAGAGGGAGUCAGUAAAGCACCAAGGAGGGUGGUGGUCUCAAAUACUGACUGUCCGACUGACUUGACUUUCACAAGCCUCAUGGGACAUUCUCACCAGCUCCCCAAAGGUGGCCAUAGGAGGGACAUAUUCUCUCCAUUGGGCAAGAUUCUCCCAUGUUUCAGGCUCUCACGCCAUGGACCCAGCUGCAUGCUAUUUCCCUUGUUUUGGACAGUCUCCUCCACUUGGCUGCCCCAAUGUUCAUCCCUAACUCUAGAACAUUAAUGAACAAGUUAAGAAGCACAGGUCCCAAUCCCGAUCCUUGGGGAAACUCCAAUUUCUACAUCCCUCUGUAGGGAGAACUGUCAAUUUUCCCCCUGCUCUAUAUUUUCUGUUGCUUAGCCAGUUGCUGACCACAGGUGGCGCUGUGGUCUAAACCACAGAGCCUCUUGGGCUUGUCGAUCAGAAGGUCAGCGGUUCGAAUCCCCACGACGGAGUGAGCUCCCGUUGCUCGGUCCCAGCUCCUGCCAACCUAGCAGUUCGAAAGCACGUCAAAGUGCAAGUAGAUAAAUAGGUACCGCUGCAGCGGAAGGUAAAUGGCAUUUCCGUGCGCUCUGGUUUCUGCCACAGUGUCCCGUUAUGCCAGAAGUGGUUUAGUCCUGCUGGCCACAUGACCCAGAAAGCUGUCUGUGACAAACGCCGGCUUCCUCGGCCUGAAAGCUUGAUGAGCACUGCAACCCGACAGUCGCCUUUGACUGGACUUAACCGUCCAGGGGUCCCUUUACCUUUGUUUACCUUUUUUUACAUGACAUUUGCUGCCAGCCUAGAGGAUCUCCGGUCUGAGCCUCCCUCUCUCCCAUCAGGCAGACUGGAUCAUUGGCGUGACGCUGCUUCUUCUCUCUUUGUCUUUCAGGAGGCUCUCGAGACAGCUUGCUGGAAAUCACCUUCCGCCCCGGCGGGCUGCCCGUUCUGUGUGACCCCAGCACCCCUCUGCCCGAAGACACUCGCCCCCUCCAGCUCCACCCCAGCUUCUCCAACGCUGCCAACUCUCUGGCCAGCCCCUUAGGUAGGAGUAACUGCCUGGCGAAGCUGGAAUGUUUCUGCUUCCUCCCAGGCGACGGCCCUCCCUUGGGCAGCUUGGAGCUCCUCAAGUUCCGUGAGUCGGGGAUCGGCUCCGAGUUCGAGUCCAACACGGACGACAGCGAGGAGUGGGACUCGUGGGGCCAGGAGGCCUCGCUCCGUCUGCUCAGUGUCCUCAACAAGCAGGGCCUGGGAGAUAGUUUGGAAGAAGAGGUUGCCAUUUAAGAGGAGGCAGAGAUCUCAGGCCUGUGGCAAGCGACAGGGGAGGAGAGUGUGGGGGGCUCAGGCCUCCUUGCAAACAGGCCGGAGAAAGCCUGCUUCUUUGUUUGUCUUGGUACCUGGAAGUCAGGAGUAGGGUGGUGGUUUUCCUCCUGAAGGCAAGAGCCGCUUUCCGGGGCGCCCAAAGGUCUCAGGAAUUGUUUUCAUUUAUUUAUAUAUGUAUUUUAAUGCCAUAUUGCACCACCAAAAAGGGAUACCUGGUGCAAAUGACAGCAUCUUGAGGAUCCUCACCUUUCUUUUAGAGAAGCUAAAAAGGUGUCAGCAGUUCCUGGUGAAACCUUAAAAAGCCAGCAGUGAGAGUGUGCAAGGUUGCCAGUGUCCAGGUGUUGCUUCAUAACACUCCCCCCCCCACACACACACUCCCCAAAAGACCUAUUAGACGCUGGAUAAAUUAUGCAAAUUAGCAAGGACCUGCAAGUUGGCCUCCUUUGCAUCAUGCAUACAGGUGGCAGAAUUCAGAGGGGCCUUUUGUGUACCUAGUGGGUUAGAUUCGGCUACUGAGUCGCAUCCGCAAAAGCCCUGCAAGGGGAUUUCCCCUCCUCCUCCUCCCUUGCUGCCUCCUGUACUUAGGAUAAUCCCUAGUCAGCUUCCAGACAGGACCAAUAGCCUUACGUUUCUGCAAACCUCUGAAAGAAACAGUUCAAUUAUGACAGGGGUUGUCUGUGGGUAAAUGAUCGAACCUUGGUUGGAAUUGGUAUUAGAACUGUGGGCCUGAUAACUUCUCCUACAGUUUUUGAAUACCGUUGAAAUUCUUGACACGGCAGCCUCAGUUUCAGAAGCUCAAGUCGUCCUCUUUUGUCGUAACUCUGGCACCUUAGUCCCCCGAGCGCAUAACUGCAGGAACGCAGGAGCGGUUCCUUAUGGAAGCAACUCCACAAAAGGCCUGUGUGUCUGAAAGCUCAGGCUGCCUCUGCGUUCGUUCCAAAAAUCUCCUAGACGAGUCAGAGCUAUAGUUGCGCUUGGAACUGGGCAUGGGAAAAGUUAGAAUUUCUUUGUCUAAACUCAGAAAACGGGUCAGUUCUUUCUAAGCAAGUGUGCGGAAUGGAUGGGUGAGAGGCAGAGCAAAGACUACAUAUGUUCCUCUCUAGCUUGGAUUUGAAGCUGAGCCAGAGAAGAACUUUUGGGGGUUGCAAUGCGUGUUUUGUAUGGAGGCAAGUGUUAUAAACUUUGCUGUAUUUGUUCUCUGAGAUGCACUCAGGCAAUGCUUGGCAUCAUCAGUAGUUAAGCGUUCCAUUGGCUCCAUGUUGUGAUUGUCCUUUGGGAAGUAGCAUCUCAGUCCUGGCCUUCCAUGGGCCAGGUUCUUUUCCCCACAUGGGACAUGGCCUUUCCUGCUUUCUCUUUUGUGGCUUUCUGAGGGAUAGGGCGAGCGGCGUACUGCAAGCGAGAGGUCCAGAUUUUUUAGUUUUAACUUAAGACACACAAGAAUCCUAAAGGAGCUUCUGUGUUCAGAAUAGGUAAAGGUAAAGGGACCCCUGAACAUUAGGUCCAGUCGUGGCCGACUCUGGGGUUGCGGUGCUCAUCUCGCUUUAUUGGCCGAGGGAGCCGGCGUACAGCUUCCGGGUCAUGUGGCCAGCAUGACUAAGCCGCUUCUGGCGAACCAGAGCAGCGCACGGAAACGCCAUUUACCUUCCUGCCGGAGCAGUACCUAUUUAUCUACUUGCACUCUGACGUGCUUUCGAACUGCUAGGUUGGCAGGAGCUGGGACUGAGCAACGGGAGCUCACCCCGUCACGGGGAUUCAAACCGCCGACCUUCUGAUUGGCAAGUCCUAGGCUCUGUGGUUUAACCCACAGCGCCACCCACGUCCCUGCAAAAUGGACUUCUCACUUUCAGGGAGCUGUUGAGUAAAACAACAGGGCGGUUUCUUAAGCGUCCCUGCGCAGCAUAAACUGAACUAGAAUUCAGUCGUGCAAGGCAGCAAGACAUCAUUUCGAUCUCUGAGGACUGGCCCAUAUUAUGACAGGCAGCUAGAAGAAGCAUCAGUGCCCCUCUUCCUUCCAGCUCUUACCCUGACCAGAAGCUGCAGCAACGGUGGUGCAGAGAUCCCUGCUGCCCUCUUAAUACUGCCCUGAAGAAGCAUCAUGUGCUCAGAAACAUUAUGGGGCUGUUGGGCUUUUGCUCACUUUGACCUUUCCUUAGGUGUUUCCAUAGCUCGAAUUUUGUUCUAUUCUCCUGCAAGCCGCUGCAGACUUUGCCAUUACAGUGGUGCCUCGCAAGACGAAAUUCGUUCUGCGAGUUUUUUCGUCUUUCGCAUUUUUCGUCUUGCGAAGCACGGUUUCGCUGGGUAUUAACGGUUUUCAGAAAAAGGAAACAAACUUGCAAGACGUUUUCGCCUUGCGAAGCAAGCCCAUAGGGAAAUUCGUCUUGCGAAGCAACUCAAAAAACAAAAAACUCUUUUGUCUUGCAAGUUUUUCUUCUUGCGAGGCAUUCGUCUUGCGAGGUACCACUGUAUUUAAUUUGCAGGCUGUUCCCUAGGUUUGUGAGGAACGACCGCUUCCGGCCUUCCCUGUUGGGGAGCAUAAGGCACCAAAGGAAGAUUUACAAUUAAUAUUUGCCAGGGCGUUCUGCAAAUCCUCCCAAGGAUUUGCUUGCAAACAAGGGUCAUAGGAUGUAGUUGGAGGAACUGCAACGAUGAAUAGGGAGAGGGGGAGAUACAGCUGGACAGGGAAGCACGUUGCAUUUAACUGCUGUGCAGUUCUUAUUAAGCAAAUUGGAUUUUUUAAUAAUAAUAAUAAAUCCAUGGGUGAUUUUUAUGCAAAACUACUGAAGAUAGAAUUUGGGGAUGCAGUUUUCACAUAGCAUCCACAGGAAUCCACCUGUGUCUGCAAGACAAGACCUUCUUUUGCGGCUGCUCUCCACCCUUUCCUUCCACCCCUGGUUCAGAGAAAGCAAUGCAAAUGUGGUAAGCCAUUGAACAAGCUGUGUCCCUUCCCCUCUCUUGCGCAGCUUCAGCAAAGCUUUCUUGGUUUCCUGUGGCGUAUCCAGGUUUGGAGGGAGGGAGCUCUUAAGCUACUGUUUCCUGGUCUGGAUCUCGCAGGAAACCAUGGCUUAGGAAAACAAGUGAAGUUUCCUGUGAGAGGGAAGCGGCACAUGGCUGGGCCUUAGGUUGAGAAGCCACGGUUUAUCUGACCAGGGUUGUUACAUCCGGAGCUAGUUUAUGUCUGCCACUUAAGAGCUAGUGUGGUGUAGUGGUUAAGAGCGGUGGACUUGUAAUCUGGUGAACCGGGUUCGCUUCCCCGCUCCUCCACAUGCAGCUGCUGGGUGACCUUGGGCUACUCACACUUCUCUGAAGUCUCUCAGCCUCACUCACCUCACAGAGUGUUUGUUGUGGGGGAGGAAGGCAAAGGAGAUUGUUAGCUGCUUUGAGACUCCUUCGGGUAGUGAUAAAGUGGGAUAUCAAAUCCAAGCUCUUCUUCUCUUCUUAACCCAGCGAGUUUGAAGCCAAAUUAGCUCCCCUGAGGAAGUCUGGCCCAUUGUUUGCUCGGCAGCUUGGGCUUUCAGGGACGCAGCUCAGGGAGAAAGUGCCUUCGGGGUGAAUUGAGAGGGAGGGCGUAAUCCUGCUGGUCUUGUUCAGGAAGAGGAAGGGAGCAUCCGAGAUACUUCUGUGUUUUGGCAAGAGCCAUGAAGGGGCUGGGCUGCUGCUCUCAACCUACGUCAGGCCCUGAUAUCAUAAGACCUUGCUGAAGACAGGAGGGAGGCAUGAAAGUGGGAAGGGGGUGAACAAAGGAAUGCUUUUCGAGAUGGAAUGAGUGUGUGUCGGUUGUUAGGGCAGGAAAGCGCCUGCCAUAGAGCAGCCAGGGCAGAGGUGCCAGCAUGCCCAGCAACACUGGCAGAUGCCUCAGGCAAGAAAAUGCAAUUUGAAAAGGAAGGCACCUGAUCACAGUUCAUGGGGCAGAUCACUCACAGCAGCCCAGACUGCUUAGACCAUGGGUAGGCAAACUAAGGCCUGGGGGCCGGAUCCGGCCCAAUCACUUUCUAAAUCCGGCCCACAGACGGUCCGGGAAUCAGUGUGUUUUUACAUGAGUAGAAUGUGUCCUUUUACAGUGGUACCUCGGGUUACAUACGCUUCAGGUUACAGACUCUACUAACCCAGAAAUAGUACCUCAGGUUAAGAACUUUGCUUCAGGGUGAGAACGGAAAUCGUGCUCCGGCGGUGUGGCGGCAGCAGGAGGCCCCAUUAGCUAAAGUGGUGCUUCAGGUUAAGAAUAGUUUCAGGUUAAGAACAGACCUCCAGAACGAAUUAAGUUCUUAACCCGAGGUACCACUGUAUUUAAAAGGCAUCUCUGGGUUAUUUGUGGGGAAUUUGUUCAUUAUUAUUUUUUUUCAAAAUAUAGUCCGGCCCCCCACAAGGUCUGAGGGACAGUGGACCGGCCCCCUGCUGAAAAAGUUUGCUGACCCCUGGCUUAGAGGGACUCUCAGAGGAUGGCCUUUCUCCAUCUCCUGGCAUUCCACAGAUGGUUCCUUCAUAAAUCCUCUUGGGAGUUUCCUCCGCAUUUUCCCUUUCGUUUUCUCCUUUUGCAAAAGCAGUGGAUGUUAUGGAAUUUCUUUCUCUGUAAGUGCACUUAAGCCCCGGCCGGUGGUGUUAGAGCUUCUUGCCUAUUGCUAAAUAAAUCUUCCUUAUUUCUAAAGCUGAACUGACGUCUCUGCUUUCUUUGCUUUCCUUGUAUCUUUUCACACUUCCCUCCUUUCUUCUCGAUCACCUCGAGUGUUACAAGAAAGAUGGCUGGUUUGUUCAGGGUUCCUUACAAGGAGUAGCACAGCAACCUUCAGUUAGAGAACAGGGACCCAAAUUUAACACCCGGAGUCUGGAAAAGAGAAAAGGUCAUGUGAAAAUCUGUGGCUAACACUGGCAGGUCCCAAGGUAGGUUAAAGGUAAAGGGACCCCUGACCAUUAGGUCCAGUUGUGACCGACUCUGGGGUUGCGACACUCAUCUUGCUUUAUUGGCCGAGGAAGCCGGCGUACAGCUUCCGGGUCAUGUGGCCAGCAUGACUAAGCCGCUUCUGCAGAACCAGAGCAGCACACGGAAACGCUGUUUACCUUUCCGCUGGAGUGAUACCUAUUUAUCUACUUGCACUUUGAUGUGCUUUUGAACUGCUAGGUUGGCAGGAGCAGGGACCGAGCAACGGGAACUCACCCUGUCACGGGGAUUCGAACCGCCGACCUUCUGAUCAGCAAGUCCUAGGCUCUGUGGUUUAACCCACAGUGCCACCCGCGUCCCAAGGCAGGUUGUGCAUAACCAAAGACUGUUUGAAGAGACCAAGUCCUGUAUUCCACCUCUCCCCCAAUAGAACAAUGGUUUGCAGAGAACAGCUGUGCCAGACAGGCAUUGCACCGGUGCUGCCAGACGGUCAGACCUUAUGGGGCAGAAGGUUAGGGUGGAAAGCAUCAACCCUAGUGGCAUCUUAGCAGUUUAAACCUGCUGGCACUCCCAAGUCUCAUGCUGCAUCGUCAGCCAAGGAAAAAGAACCAUAAACCUUUCCACUAGUGAGUCAGGGCUUUCCCCCCCCCCCACAUUUUCUAGGAGCAGGUCUGUGCUUUCCAAGUCUGAGCACUCCCCCUCCCCCACCCACUGCAAAAGCCCGCUUUUUGAUGCUGGAAGAAACUGAAAUUUGGGGUUUCCCCAGAUUGCUGUUUGCUCCAAUUUAGCAGUAAAGAGCAGCUUUUUGCAAGGCAAGCGCUGAGGUGAGGGGGCUCAGAUGCAGUGCAGGCCUGCACCUAGAAAUGCGGCGCAAAAGAAAGUCUGGAUGAGCCCUCGGGCAGCUGUCCCGGACGAGAGUGUGCCAUGAGGCGUGCAGUAAUGUUAAUGGUGUGUGCCAUCCAGAAUUAUGGUGCUUGGGCUGUUCCCAACAUCCUCACCAAUUGCGGUCUGGGAGCUGUCCUGGUUGUUCUUCUUUCCUUAGCAAAAUGCACACUCACCUCUACGACUGUGCACUCCUAGGUGGGGAAACCCUGUGAAAAGGCUGCACUCAGAGGGCUAUCGUAAGUAGCCGGAAUGUUGUGCCUUGGAGGCCCUGGCUGACCGGUGAAAAACCAGCUCUGAGGAAUAGCAAAGGGAGAGAGACACUGGGAGGAAAAAGCAGGAACCAAAACAGCCUUUUAAAUGAUGGUACAGAGGGUCAGGCCACCCUACUUAGCCCAGCUGCCGGAACAACAUGGUCUUCACCUGCUGACAGAAGGACAAUGAGGAGGGAGCCAGUUUGGCUCCUCUAGUUAGGGAGUUCCGAAGCUGGCACCACCAAGAAGACCCUCCUCUCCCGCAGCCCCACCUGCGAAGGUCUAGGGACAGAAAGAAGAGCCUUCCCCAAAGAUCUCAGAGCCCAGGAAGGUUCAUAUGGGGGAUUAGAGUCCUUCACACAACCUGGGCCUAAGCCAGACUCUACGCAGACAUUGCUCCUUCGCACCGGGGGCAGGGGGGACAGACCUGGCUGGCCCGUGUUCCCCCUCGUGUGGAGGAACUCUGCCCCAGCCUCAGGGUAUGGGCACAGAAUCCAUUCCCCCCCACCUGCCAAAUAGCAGGGCGUUUUCCAACUACACUAAAUGGUCCCUGUCCCCCUUUAACCUUUCUGCAUAGGUAAACAGCUCCUGUCCCCUGAUCAGUGUAAUUGCCCCAUUGCUACACUUUUUUCCAAAACACAAAAAUCCUUUGGAGAUGCUGCAACCAGGACAGGACCAGGACUGAACUGGAAGUGACCCCGUACCUUUCCUCUCUAGGAGAACCCCGGACCGGGCUGGCUGGGGCAGAUGGGAGUUGGGGGCCCAAGAAUGUGGAGGGAGGCACCAGAUUGGCUACCCCUGAUUUAUAGACCUCCCACCACCCCCAUUUUACCACCUCAGUAUACAGAGUCAACAGUCUCAUUGAGCAUUCCUCCAUGAGCCAGCGUGGUGUAGUGGUUAAGAGGGGUGGACUCGUAAUCUGGUGAACCGGGUUCGCUUCCCCGCUCCUCCACAUGCAGCUGCUGGGUGACCUUGGGCUAGUCACACUUCUCUGAAGUCUCUCAGCCUCACUCACCUCACAGAGUGUUUGUUGUGGGGGAGGAGGGGAAAAGGAGGUCUUAGCCGCUUUUCGACUCCUUAGGGUAGUGAUAAAACGGGAUAUCAAAUCCAAACUCUUCUUCAUGAUUUUUUCCUAGUCACUUGCAAAGCUUACAUUUGAAGUUAGGGAGUGAAGCCUCAAUGUAUGGGGCCUGCCCACUGGAUCUCAAUUUUCAUUUUGUUUUCCGUACACUAUGUUUGUAGCAGCUCUGAAAGGACCAUCUGUUUGGAUUUUCACUAUUUUAGUAAAUAACUCAGUGUCCUCUUCAAACCUGGCCACCUUGCUGCUCACCCCAUUUCUAGGUCGUGUAAGAAUAAAUCAAAUAGCAUCACUCUCAGGACAGAUCCUUCUUCUAUUGUGGAAUCUUAUCAGUCUAUAACUGCUGUCUCUGUCUUCUUUCUUGACCUUUUAAGGAUCAUUAAUGCUGGCCCAAUCCAGGGAACAUUUCCAAAAUGAUACCUUGGAGGUUCCAUCCUAUAUCCAGCAACCCAGAAUUUUCUUCCAAACCCUCCACAGCCACUGACUUCUCCUUGGCGCUGCCUGCCCAGCAUAUGAUUUCUGUACUUUCUGUGCCCCUGCAUUAGAUAAUUAGAUAGAUAGAUAGAUAAUUUAUUACGGUCAAAGACCAGAUUCCCCUGCUUUGUUUCUCACUAAGUGCCUGUCCUCCUUCCCAUUGCCAUGCAAUCCUUUUAGACCAGACAUGUUAAAAAUCAGGCACGUCCAACAGGUAGAUCAUGAUCUACCGAUAGAUCACUGAACGUCUGAGAUAGAUCACUGGCCGAUCACUGGCUCCCCCCAAAGAAGCUCAACAACUUUGGCUCCCCUAAAAAAACCCAACUUUUCUGCCCUGCACCCUUAAAAAACGGGCCUUCCUCCUCUUCCUUCCCCAAAAAACAACUUUUCUUCCUAAAAAAAGCUCAGCAACUUUGGCCUGAACCCCCAAAAAGGGGGUAGAUCACUGCCAGUUUUUAACUCUGUGAAUAGAUCGCACUCAUGGGAGUUGGCCACCCCUGUUCUAAAUAAAGUGCUCUGUGCCUGUCAUCUAGGGUACCAGCCAGGUCCAUAACAAAUUAUGCAGCUAACCCAGUUUAUUUUUCUGCUAUCUUCCCACUUCUCUUGCCUGAUACUUCUCUUGCCUGAUACUUCCCACUUCUCUUGCCUGGUUCUAAAACGUGUUUCGGAAGCCGGAGAUGAGGGCACCUCUCUGAUAGCCAGCCUUAAACACUUGCCACAAAUGAACCUUCCUGCUCAUUCUGCUGAGGCGUCUGCUCCAAGCCUCUUCCAGAGCUGCUGAUGGUACAGGGCUGGGGUUGAGGAAGGUAGGGAAUGACGCAUGCAUGUGUAGCAUGUAACUGGCAGGACUGCAGCCUCUCCUGCCAUGCAGGGCCACGCCUACUCUGGUCCCACAAGGACGGCAGGCAAAGGGCCAGUUGAAGGCCAAAGCCCCCUGAAGGGCUGCAGGCAGUCUUCCCCCCGUCUCAUGUGCAGACAUGCCUUUGAUGCCUCUGUGGCCUGUAGGUAGAAUCUGCUGCCUUGGUGUGUCUCCAACUGGAGCAACUGCCCUUCCAUGGCAGCCAGGCGCCCUGAAGGUGCCAGGAAGAGGCUCCUGGCAUGGUUCUAGCCAGCCUCGCAUGCCUUGGUGAUUGUACCAGAGAGACACAGGACCCUUAGUAAACAGCCACCAGCCGAGCGGCGGGGAUGCUUCAGGGCAGGGCGAGUCGAGUUGCAGGCAGGCCUCAGCCAGCACCAAAGUUUGUCAGCAAUGUCUAGGCAACACGAUGACCAUGUACAUACGCAAUAGACAAUCUUUAUAGAAUUCCUUCAAACCAUAACAAGUACAAAAUGAAAUCUUUCGUCUCAAAGUCUCUGAAAAUCUUUAAAUGAAGCGAGGUACCAGACAGUGAUUCUGGACAUUGACUACUGUUUCGUAGAAUUCUUCGUCAGCGUGGUGGGAGGAUAUAGAAUUGCAUUCUACAUUAUUACAUGAGCACUGUUCCACAGCAUUUGAUAUUUUCGUUUACAUACAUUCAUUCGAAAUAAGAUGGGUUUAUGAAGCAAUUCUAUAUCCUCCACCACGCGGACAAAGAAUUCUACAAAACAGUAGUCAAUAUCCGGAAUCACUGUCCAGCGUUGGGCAUCAUAUUCGCUGAAUACACAAAGCUUCACAGCUUGUCUUUCAUCGUACAAAGUCUGGUACCUCGCUUCAUUUAAAGAUUUUCAGAGACUUUGAGACGAAAGAUUUCAUUUUGUACUUGUUAUGGUUUGAAGGAAUUCUAUAAAGAUUGUCUAUUACGUAUGUACAUGGUCAUCAUGUUGCCUAGACAUUGCUGACGUUCUCUUUGCAACACGGGGGUUUGUUUGGUUACUUAUUGAGGCACCAAAGUUUGAGCAGCAUCAGCGGUGGAAAUAACCGUGAGGGGCAAGCUCAGGGAGGAGGAGAUGUGAGAAAGAGGCUUCUCCCUUUUGGGAACAGAGACCCCAGGCGAGGAACGGAGCGAGGCUGCGGUGGAACAGCGAGCUUGCUCUAAGCAGCAUCAAUAACUUGCUUUAUUCUUGGGCUGUGGGGGAAAGGACGGGCGCCUGGUGGCUGCGACGCCUCUUGCAGACGGACAUUGCUAUUUGAGCAUUUUGUGGCUGCCCGCUGGACGAUUACUGGGGCGCCAUUUGCGCUCCUUCCCCCACAGGGCUUUGAGCUUGUGGUAAUAGACCUGGCAGCUGAAGCCCUCCCGGGCACCACGUUUGAUGUGGGCCUUGAGUGAGCGCAAAGUUGGAAACAUUCGGCAGCAGGCCACACAUUGGCACCCAUGCGGGGGCCGCCACUUGGAAGCCAAGAGGAUGUCCUGGGAAGUGAUGCAGUCCGUGGCUUUCCUGCUGCUGCUCCUCUCUUGGGGAUAUGUUUUCUCCAGGGAGCCGGACGAAGAGGAGCCACUGUCCACGUUGUCUCCGGCAGGCCCAGUGUCGGCUGGGACUUCUAGGCUGUUGCCUCCCAGUGUCCCUGGGAAACCACAGGAGUCAGUUUGGCUGUCUUGGUCCAUGCACACAAAGUAGCUGUAGGGGGAAUACCAGGGGCGGUAGAUGGUGCAGUUCUGCUGCGGUGGCUCCCCACUCUGCAGUUCCGCAAGGAGGCAGUCUGGCACAAGAAAAGGGGGAAUGAGCCUUGUGACUUUCUCAGACCUGGCCAGCACCGUGUGAUGGUUGGUGUGGUAAGCUAAAAGGUAAAGGCAAUGGUGGAGCAAGCCAAUCAGGCGCCUGGGGUGGCGUCUGUGCCCUGCGCCCAGGAGCGGCGCCUGCCACCCGUGGGGCAGGGGCAGCCGGGGCCGGACGCUCCGCAAGGCCUCCAAGGAAUCUGCCUUCCUUCUCCCACUCAGCUGCCCUACAGCUGAAGGUGAGGCGGCGGGUAGGCCAUUUAUGGCAGUGCGGAGCCUGUGGGCGUGAGUGCCGCCUGGCAUUUUGUCACCCCCUUGGUGGUGGCACCUGGGGUGACCUGCCCCCACCGCUCCCUCUUCCUCCGUCCCUAGGUAAAGGACCCCUGGAAGGUUAAGUCGAGCGAAAGGCAACUAUGAGGUUGCGGCGCUCAUCUCGCUUUCAGGCUGAGGUAGCCAGCGUUUGUCCACUGGCAGUUUUCCGGGUCAUGUGGCCAGCAGGACUAAACCGCUUCUGGCGCAAUGGGACACUGUGACGGAAACCAGAGCGCACGGAAACGCUGUUUACCUUCCCGCCACAGAAGUACCUAUUUAUCUACGUGCACUGGCAUGCUUUCAAACUGCUAGGUUGGCAGGAGCUGGGACUGAGCAACAGGAGCUCACCCCGUCACAGGGAUUCGAACCGCUGACAUUCCGAUCAGCAGGCCCAAGAGGCUCGGUGGCUUAGACCACAGCGCCACCCGCUUCCCAUGCAUUCCUAUACUACCACAAACUAGGUUACUCCUCAUCCUUCUACCCCAUUUCACAUUUCAUUCAGAAAACAUUUGCUUCUGUUCAAACUGUUCCGGGGGUACCUUUCUCCCACCACUCCCCCCUCCCCCCCCAGCUCACCUGGCAAGCUGCUUUUGUGCACGGGGCAUGUUAAGUCAGGUACACUCUUCAGGGCAAAGCUGGGGAGACGUGGCCCAGAGAUUGUCAAGAGGGAAAAAUUUUCCAUGUCCUCUCAGACACUCCUUCACUAAAAGGGCCCAUUUGUGGUGCAAAGCUUUCUCCGGGCAAAGGACCAGGUAGCCAGCUGGCCUUGUGACAUCAUCUCCUGACCUAACAAACAGCGACUGCUGGCACCUGGGCCUGACUUUGUAGAGGCUGCCGGCUGGCAAGGGCAAGUUGUGGGGGAAGCCUUUCUAUGUGGGUCUCAUGCUGACUCCUCCUCGAGGGGAGAGAUGUGUAGGGCAGGCUACACAGGUGCAAUCGAAAGUGGUUCGGUGUCCUUUGCGAGGUAUCUCAGCCCCAUCGUCCUAAUUUACCGCCUCUAACGAGAAAGGCAGCAAUCGGUGGAUUAAAAUGAGACACAGGCUCUCAGCUCAGGCUCGGGAAACAAAAGCAGAGGAGGGUAAGGCAGGAGGAUUUGCCAGGAAAAUCUCAGCUAAAGAGAUGCCUUGCGAUAAUUUUUUUAAUGAAGUGAUUGAAGUGGCUUAAUCGCAGAUGAGAAGAGUAUUAUAAAAACAAUAUGGUAUAAUCAGGGAGAAGGGGAAGGAGGCAAAAACUGAGGUAAAAAUAUUUGGCUUGGCAAGUAGAUUUAAGUCAGAAUGUGGAAGGAGAGGGAAAAAGUGGAGAAAUAGAGAAGAGACACUUAAAAGAUAAUGAGGGCUUGAAGCAGACCUGAAACAAAAAAGGGAGUCAAAGGGAAGUGGAGAAACGUGAUCACAAUGACAUGCGCUCUAAAGGAGACCAUUGGCCAAAUUUUGAAUAGGAGUAAGCAAAAGAGGGAAACGGUCAAGGGUGAGGUGUGAGACAGUUCAAGAGAGUUUGAGAAAACUCAUGAAGAGGGGAAAGAAACGAUGGAAGAAGGGUAAUGGGAAAUAUUUCCAUCUGGAGAGAUGGAAACCAACAUGCCGAAAUGGAAUGAGGGUAAUAAGUGCCAAAACACAACCAGCCGAGUGAACUGAAAAGGGAAGAGGAAAUUAGCCAAAUGGAAAGAGAAAAGGGCGAGUAAAUGAAUCGCUAGUGAAGAGUAGAUUAAAGCAGCCUUAAAUGGAGUAAAUUGCCGUUGGCACCCAUUUGUCUCGAGAGACAAUGGAGUGCACCUCUGGGGGGUGAAGUCAAACCACUGUUAGCAGCACCAAAGUGGUCUCUCCAGGGCGCAAGCCUGGGCAGUUGUAUGUUAAAGUCCUGGGAUGCCCAGACAACAAGACCUAUCUCUUGGCCUCACCAAUGCAUAGCUGUCAAGUUACAGAUUUGAAAAUAAGGGACCAGCAGCCUCGAAAAGAAGGGAUCAGCAGCCAAAAUAAGGGAUUUUGGCUUAGCUUAUGCAUAAAUCCGCCACUCAUGGAUCCAUGCUGCUUUUGCUGCCACUGACUGUGUUUUACAUGGGGUUGGACUAGAUGAUCCUAAGGGUCUACAACUCCAACCAAAGAAGAGGGGCAGACAAAACUGAUGAACGACGUCGAGAUGGCAAAGCUUCCAGGCAGAAUUAGAAACCAGGAAGAGGACCUCUUUAAUAAAGAAUGGGGAAAGUUUAUAAUUUAGUUGAAAAGCUGUUGUAAAGAGUUACAUACAUUAGUAGGGUUGACAGAAAACUUGUAGUAAAAAUUUGAACUAUGGAUGGACAAAUGAUUUAUAAAAAUAGAGUCAUGAAAGGGAUGCAGAGGGGGAAAUCACUACAUUAAGAUGCUGCACUGGUUGGAGGGUAUGCUAAGCAGCACGUCGGGGCUGCCGUCGUCCUGGCGCGAGGAGUUCCAUCAGCCCUUCCCCGCCCGAGAGAGAGGGAGGAAGGGAGGGAGAGAGACUCUCGCCCACACCGCCUGCGAGCUGGCAUGAGGCGGUUGCGGCGGCGCCGUGGCCACUGAAGCACCGCCCUUCUGUGUCCCUCCCCAUCCCCUCUUCUUCCUCCUCCCUCAGGCCACCGCUGCCGCCUCCGGCUUCCCCUGGCAGCGCGGUGGAAGUCUCGCAAGAGAGGGGCUGCCUGCCCGCCUGCCGCCACCUGUCUCCUCACGACGCGCCCCUGAGGGGGAAAAGGGAGAGACAGAGAUGCGGCAGCUCGUGCACGCUCUCUCUCUCUCGCUCUCUUGAGGCGGAGGACCCCGAGCCGCUGCUUCCCUCCCGAGCCGGGCGAGCAUGAAACCCGGGAAAUUUAAGGGACAUUAUCAAUCUGGGACAGCAGCGGGAAACGGCACUGGGAUAAGGGAGUUUCCCGCCAAAUAAGGGACGCUUGACAGCUAUGCACCAAUGGGGUCCAAAGGAAAGCAGAGAUUUAUAAGCCUGCUUCUUAAGGAAGCAGGAAACAGGAAAGCCUGUGUACCAGAAGUGUCCUAGGACAUAAAACUGGGAAAGUCGGUAUGGGCUUUUUAAUUAGCUGAACAGAGUUUCUGCCCUUUGGGGAACUUGGUUUCUUAAAUGCACACCUUCCCCUUCCUUGUGUCCCUGGUGAGAAAAGCCAAUCAUGGCUUUCUUCCUUUGGCAACUGAGACAGCAAUGGCCAUUUCUAGACUGGGAGAGCCUCGCCACGGCCAUCCACGCAGUGAUAAUCUCCAUGUUGGAUCGCUGCAGCCUGCUCUAUCUGGGGCCCAUAAAAGCUGCAGUUGGUGAAAAAUACAGCGAUGUGGCUGCUCACUGGGCCAGAAUAUUAUGAUCACGUUAUAUGUCUUGCUGAAAAAAUUGCACCGGCUUCCAAUUAGCUUCCGGCUCAGUUCAAAGGGCUGGUGUUAGUUAUAGGCUCUUGAGACCAGUAUAGCUUAAAGUUGUCUCACCCCUGAUAACUGUGUUCCUCAAGACAAGGCCUCCUGCAGAUACCAGUUCACUAGGAGUCCAUCCCAUGCCGCGUUAGAAUUGGGAUUCUCUCUUACGCUGUGUUUCAGGCAACCACCAUCUUGGUUAUCAUUUCGGCGUCUAUUAAAUAACUCGCUUUUCUUUUUCCUUUUUAAAAAUAAUUUUAAUCUAAUUUUCAAUUACAAUCCAAUAAUAGCCUCAUUAUAACAAUACCAAAUUAUAAUACAAUUACUAAUACCAAUCAUUCAGGUACCAAAUUAUAUCAUUUAGGUCGCCCCCACGUGCUAGAUAUGAUGGUUUGAUGAUUUUAUUUAUUUCUGCGUUCCAAAAUCUUAUUAAUUUCAAUUGCACUCCAGUCAAAAUAAUCCCUUAUACAAUACCUAUGAUAUUAACAACAUCAAUUCAUAUUGACACAUUAAGUGGUUUAUAAAAACUACAAGUGAGGCAGUCAGACUAUAUCCUUGUUCUACUGGUGUGUGGCAAUUAUUCUGUCCGUGCUGUUUCUUCCUGUCCUUGUAAAAUACUAACCGUAUUUUUCGCUCCAUAAGACGCACCUGACCAUAAGACGCACCUAGUUUUUAGAGAAGGAAAACAAGAAAAAAAAUACUCUGAACGAAACAGUGGGUGUAUGAUUUUUGUGGUUCAUUCUAUGGCCACAGAAAUGUGAUUUGAUGGUGAGUUUGGGGUAGCCCAGUGCAAAAAUCCUGAGAAUACAUGUGGAUCCGUGCUUUGCAACCACAUUUUGGCGCCAUUGCAGCCCCAGGAAACAGUGGGUGCGUGAUUUUUUUGGUGCAGGCUGUAGCCAUGGACAAGCUAUGUGAUCUGAGGGUGAAUUUGGGGUGACCCAAUGUAAAAAUCCUGAGGAUCCAUGGGCUUUUACCUCCCCCCUCCCAGGCAGCCUCCUUUAUCGCUAGCGUCCCUUAUCUCUCUCCUGAUCCCACCGAUCAGCUGCUUCCUUUCAACACUCCCUUCCCUUUUGUUUGCCUUAGUGUCUUUUCCUUAGCUGGAGCAGUUUUUUGCUCCUCCUUUUCUUCUAAUUUCUCUCCUCAUUGAUUUAGUCUUCCUGUCCUCUCCUUGCAAGUAUGCUGUCUUUACCUCCCCACUCCCAGGCAGCCUCCUUUAUUGCUAGCGUCUCUUAUCUCGCUUCUGAUCGCUUGUGAUCAGCCGCUUUGUUUCAACACCCACGUCCCUCUUUCAAAAAAAAAAAAAAAGCAUGAUCUGCUUUUCACCCCUGUGCUCCAGGGACCACACAUUCGCUCCAUAAGACGCACAGACAUUUCCCCUUACUUUUUAGGAAGAAAAAAUGCAUCUUAUGGAGCGAAAAAUACGGGUUGUCUACCUUUUCCUGGUUGUUGCUGUUCUCCAUCAUGCCUUGGGCGGAGCUAAUAUCCCAUUUUUGUUUCAGAAAUUCUCCAUUGCUCUAUCGCGUACUUCAUUGCUUUGCAACUUUAACAGCGGCUGCAAAACUCCCACUGUCCCAAUAAAUAACUUGCUUUUGCCAUCUUUUCCUCUCAGACUGGGAAGGAGAGUGAUUUGAAGAACUCGCUUUUCCAACAAGCCUCUCAACGGAAGAUUUUCAUCCCAGCUUGUGUUUAUAUUGGACUUGAAGUUGUUUUAAAAUAUGCUUUGGUUAUUGAUGCACAUAGAUUAAAUCGCCUUGUGUUCUAUGGGAAGAAAUUCAUUCAUUAAACAGAUAACAAAUGCACAUGAAAAACAAUUGGUCAGGCUAGGCUGGGUGAAGAGGGAUUUUCCUGGCAACUGUCCCACUCACACGGGUGCCAUUUUGUUUCUUUUCUAGUUGACCAAAAUACGUUUGAGAAUUCAAACACUACCGCUGCAACAAAGCUGCCGGCUGCCAAAUCGGUCUCCCUUCACCCCAGAUCCUCCCCCUGUGUGAGCCCUCGAGGCCCCCCCGAGUGGGUAGGGGGCAGCCAGCACUUGAAGAACCUGAGCAAGACGGUGGGUGCGAAAGUCAACGACUUGCUACGCAGGAAAGAGACCAGCAACCACAGCAGCUUUGGGGUAACCGAAGUGAAUGAGCGUGCUGGGGCCGCCCUCUCCUGUGGGGAAGGACCGGACCAGGAGGAAUGGUAAGUGGGCAUAAUAAUAAUAAUAAUAAUAAUAAUAAUUUAUUUGUACCCCGCCCAUCUGGCUGGGUUUCCCCAGCCACUCUGGGCGGCUUCCACAAAGACCAAAAAUACACUAAGAUGUCACACAUUAAAAACUUCCCUGAACAGGGCUGCCUUCAGAUGUCUUCUGAAUGUCAGGUAGUUGUUUAUCUCUUUGGCAUCUGGUGGGAGGGCGUUCCACAGAGCGGGUGCCACUACCGAGAAGGCCCUCUGCCUGGUUCCCUGUAACCUCACUUCUCGCAAUGAGGGAACCGCCAGAAGGCCCUCGGCGCUGGACCUCAGCAUCCGGGCAGAACGAUGGGGGUGGAGACGCUCCUUCAGGUAUACUGGGCCGAGGCCGUUUAGGGCUUUAAAGGUCAACACUAACACUUUGAACUGUGCUCGGAAAUGUAGGUCUUUCAAGACCGGUGUUAUGUGGUCUCGGCAGCCACCCCCCGUCACCAGUCUAGCUGCCGCAUUCUGGAUUAGUUGUCGUUUCCGGGUCACCUUCAAAGGUAGCCCCACGUAGAGCUCCAGAGCCAUUAGUGGUCACUACUGUUUGCAGCUUCUGCAGGUCACUGAUAUAGGAAUUUAGGACUUUACCUGAGGCCCCCCUCCCCCACUGCCAGAGGACGCAGGUGGCGCUGUGCUCUAAACCACCUGAGCUCAGAGCCUGAGCUCAGAGCCUGUGUCUCAUUUUAAUCCACCGAUUGCUGCCUUUCUCGUUAGAGGCGGUAAAUUAGGACGAUGGGGCUGAGAUACCUCGCAAAGGACACCGAACCACUUUCGAUUGCAUCUGUGUAGCCUGUCCUACACAUCUCUCCCCUCGAGGAGGAGUCAGCAUGAGACCCACAUAGAAAGGCUUCCCCCACAACUUGCCCUUGCCAGCCGGCAGCCUCUACAAAGUCAGGCCCAGGUGCCGGCAGUCGCUGUUUGUUAGGUCAGGAGAUGAUGUCACAAGGCCAGCUGGCUACCUGGUCCUUUGCCCGGAGAAAGCUUUGCACCACAAAUGGGCCCUUUUAGUGAAGGAGUGUCUGAGAGGACAUGGAAAAUUUUUCCCUCUUGACAAUCUCUGGGCCACGUCUCCCCAGCUUUGCCCUGAAGAGUGUACCUGACUUAACAUGCCCCGUGCACAAAAGCAGCUUGGCAGGUGAGCUGGGGGGAGGGGGGAGUGCUGGGAAAAGGUACCCCCGGAACAGUUUGAACAGAAGCAAAUGUUUUCUGAAUGAAAUGUGAAAUGGGGUAGAAGGAUGAGGAGGAACCUAGCCUGUGGUAGUAUAGGAAUGCAUGGGACGCGGGUGGCGCUGUGGUCUAAACCACUGAGCCUCUUGGGCCUGCCAAUCGGAAGGUCGGCGGCUUGAAUCCCCAUGACGGGGUGAGCUCCCGUUGCUCUGUCCCAGCUCCUGCCAACCUAGCAGUUUGAAAGCACGCCAGCGUAAGUAGAUAAAUAGGUACUUCUGUGGUGGGAAGGUAAACGGCAUUUCUGUGCGCUCUGGUUUCUGUCACGGUGUCCCAUUGUGCCAGAAGCAGUUUAGUCCUGCUGGACACUUGGCCCGGAAAGCUGCCAGUGGACAAACGCCGGCUCCCUUAGCCUGAAAGCGAGAUGAACGCCACAACCCCAUAGUUGCCUUUGACUGGACUUAACUGUCCAGGACAGGCAUAGGCCAACUCGGCCCUCCAGAUGUUUUGGGACUACAGUUCCUAUCAUCCCUAGCUAACAGGACCAGUGGUCAGGGAUGAUGGGAACUGUAGUCUCCAAACAUCUGGAAGGGAGAGUUGGCCUAUGCCUGGUCCAGGGGUACCUUUACCUUUUUGCUGCCAGAGGACUCUUGGCUGCACUGGGGCUGGAGUUGGAAUCGUCACAACAUCUGAACUCCCAAAACUCACAACCCCCAGGGGCUCACACCUUUCAGAGGUUUAAGUCCCAGGACAUACAGCUAACAGGUCAUGAAAGUUGUACUAGGCCAUUUUGCCCAUCGCUACACUUGAUUUAGGGACGCAGGUGGCGCUGUGGGUUAAACCACAGAGCCUAGGGCUUGCCGAUCAGAAGGUCGACAGUUGGCUCCUGUUGCUCUGGGUGAUCUCCCGUUGCUCGGUCCCUGCUCCUGCCAACCUAGCAGUUCGAAAGCAUGUCAAAGUGCAAGUAGAUAAAUAGGUACCACUCCGGCGGGAAGGUAAACGGCGUUUCCAUGCGCUGCUCUGGUUCGCUAGAAGCGGCUUAGUCUUGCUGGCCACAUGACCCGGAAGCUGUACGCCGGCUCCCUUGGCCAAUAAAGUGAGAUGAGUGCCGCAACCCCAGAGUCGGCCACAACUGGACCUAAUGGUCAGGGGUCCCUUUAGCUUUACACUUGAUUUACUUGUGUAACGGAAAGCAGUGCACCACAAUAGGUAGGCGGAAGAUGGGACAGGACUCUCCACCAGAUCAGCCCUGGGGUCAAAGAACUAAGGACCUGCGCUCUUAGGAGGUGUAUUCCCUCGAAUAGCUGGAAGAAUUUGUGCCACUUUUUAAGCUGUGCUGCCCUGGUAGGCGAAGUGCUGAGAGCACUUUGCUGUCUUCUGCGUGCUACACAUUCUAGCUUUGGUCGAAACGGAAGCCAUUAGCUCUUUCCAUCUUGUGUCUUAGAAAGAAGCUGGCGACACGAAGAGCUGUGAGCCAUGAUUGUUUUCAAGCCACACUUUUCAAAGGAUUCGGUAAUGCACCGUUCUCAUUGAGUGCCUCCCUUAACCAUUUCUUCUUAUGCUUGUAGGCAGGCUCCCGUCGAUGCCAUUCCGCGGCUCAAUCCACCCCCAGAGAUUGCCAAGAAGCGUACCCCAAGAGCUCUGAAGACCACCCAAGAUAUGUUGAUUGCCUCCCAGCCAUUGGUAGGUAGUGCCAAGGCUUCUUUACCCGAGGGAAGCCAGGAACAUGCAUGCCAGCCUUCCAGGAGAGAGGCAGCGCGGAGCGAAAUGGGUUUGUUGACGCAGGAGGAGGUUGGGACCAGCCACAGCCGGGCCUGUGGAGUGCCUGAUCUCAUCUAUAAGGAGAAUUUGGAGCCUAAACUAAACACUGCUUACAGGAUACCUCCCUCCCCAGAAAAUGUGGCACUCAGUUUGAGUGCGGACAAGAUCCCUCCCGAAUGCCAGUUCGAGAGCAACGUGGGCCCCUCAACGGCGGAGACGUCCACCCUGGAAGCUGAAGGUCACAGUCCAGAUUUGCUGUCGUUUGAGUAGAAUCAUCUCAGCUGCUCCCGUUUCAUAGCAAGACUGUCCCUGCUUCGGCUGCUCCUUUCUAACAUUUCUUGAGCCUGCUGGCGGAACGGACCCCACAUCACCAGAGGACAGCUCCAGUCGGGUAAAGUUGUGGGCAGGAGGUCGAGAAAGGCAGGUGUCCUUUCCAGCACCCAGAAAUGUUUGCAUUUGGUGUGGGAAGCCAGCCAUUGGGGGCUCUGGGCUGCUCUGCUAACCAGUGGAGUAUCUGUGGACCCUCCUGAGCAAACAUCACCUCCGUUGGGGUGUUGGGAAUGCUGAAACUGCACAACCAGAACGAGAAUCACUUCCCUCCAGAGACCGGUCCUUGUGAGCAAAACUGGAAAGUGCUGUUGUUUAGCUGUUGUCCGGCUGUUUUACCGUAGCGCUGUGCCUUCCUCAUGCCAGUUCUGCCACCCGGGACUCGGAUCCCUACAGCUGUCUAUAUUCAUCGGAGCUUCACGGUGGCUGGUGAGCAAUUCAGAGUCAAAUCACCGCUGUGCCGGUAGCCUUGCCAGUCACUAGCCUUGCCACCUAGGAGUCUGCUGUCAUGAAGGAUCUUGCAUCUCGUGCCGAACUUCUGCAUAAGGAAGCACUUUAAGCCAGCUUCAUUGACGAAUCCCUUAAAACCUCAUGGCGAGAAGCAAAAGGAUCUUCUGCUUACAGCCACUCUCACAGUCUUGUUCCUGUUACUCCUCUGCUCAGACCAAGACCUACCUACCUUCCUUCUUCUAUUUGAGCUGCGUUUGACUCCAACAGGCCUUCUAAUAAAACUCUUCUUUCUGGAAUUCCUGGCAGAGUCCUAUUUAUUCAGGUGACCAGGGACCUUAAUCUCUCUUGCCAAGUUGAUCUUCUCGUUAAGCACACAAGAUUCCUAGACCUUGUGGGGGGGAAAUCCUUGAGGAUUCUGCUCAAGAGCUGCCUGUCCUGUCCGUGUCUUCCAGGAAUACAGUCUUUGCUGCUUCUAUCUCCCUUAGGAGUGUGUACCUCAUCGUCUUUCUAGAAGUCUUGAGUCCUGGCCUUAACCUUUUCCUCCCCCCUUUGCUGUCCAGACUCAGCACUGGGUGUUUUCAAGCCAAAGAGAGAGCAAUGAGCAGCUUGUACUGAAAUCAAUGUGCUCUCUGUCAUCUUCUGGUUUUGCCUUUACCCUUCCUCUCACUUUACCUCAGGAUAUGAAGAUGGCAAGAGCCCCUUCCAUCUGACUUGCACUACAGAUGCCCGGCUACAUUUCAGAUGGAUAGCAAGCAUAUUCGGCAAUGCUAUUUGCAAAUGCCAAUCAAAUGGCUUUAACUCCGUUGUGCAUGAAGAGCUGAUGAAACACCACAGCUGCAUCACCACAGAUGCUCAUAUGAUUUCCAAACAGUCUCAGGCCACCAGACAUUCUGGACAAGGGAGUUCCACCUCGCUGGUGAAUUUUCACAUACCUGGUUACAUCAUUUGUCUUUUAUACAAGCAUUUGAAAUUCAGCGAACCUUCCUAUAUAUCGCCAAAGUGUUUAUGUUACUUAGCAAGUUUUAUAUACCACUUAAUCAGAAAAAAAACAAUCUCUUAACGGUUUACAUAAAAUGGUACAAAAUGUUAAACGAGAUACUUGGAUUUCAAUGUGCAAUUUUUAAUUAACAUUGGUAAGGCUCUCCCCCCCCUUUUUUUUAAUCUCUCAAUUUUGCUGGAUUUGAAGUGAGAAAUUCCACAAGUUGUCAGUUACGACUGCACGGUAUAUCAAAUGCUGUAAGAAGAAUUAUACACACAGAGAGAGAAAGAUUAGGUGUGUGCCUAAGAGUCAAGACAAAUUCCUGAUCUGAAUCAAGCUGAUUUGGAUAAAUUCAGGAGAUGUCUGAGCCAAACUGGGCUCCCUCUAAAAUGUUCCAAUCCAAAUUAAAUCCCCUCAAAACCUUGUGCACAUUAAUCCAGAGAUUUGGAGGCAGAGACAGAGAGACAGGCAGUGUAUCUGCAAAAACUGCAACAUUUAUUCCCAAGUUUGCUUUUAUCAGGAAAACACAAGGGUGGAAAAUGUGGGGCCGUAGUUUUGUGAUGGACAGCUUUCACUUUUAACUGGGGAAUCUUUCCCAGGGUUCUCCUUUCUUCCUUCCCGUCGCAGUGCUUUUGGGAGGGAUGCAGAUACAACUUGUCAGAGGCUGAUCCUGUGCUUUCAGUGAAUUUUUGGCUACAUGUUUGUGGCAGCAGCAGCAGCACAUAGUGUUCCCAAGGAUGCUCAAGGCCCAUCACAAAUGGGGAGCUGCCUGUCUCCACUGCUGCGCUUUCUGUGGUUGGCUGUUGCUGGCACCAACGCCCCUGGCAGCGCAUGGAGUUCCACAGGGUCCCCACAAACUGAAUCAAGCUGUGCCAGCUCCCCUGUUGCCUGGCAGCGAAGGGCACGGCACCCCUUCCUGCUUAAGGCAACUUAAUAACAGAGGACCACGGGUGCCAGGGAUGAAACACUUUAAAGUUUCUUUCUGCAGUGUUUUCAGCUGAGCAGGAAAACUAAAAAGCACCCUAAAAGUUUUUUCAUUCAUUUUUACAGCCAUUCUCCUUCAGUUUGGCUGCCUUCUUUACUGUAUAUGGAUAUAAAUUGCCCACAAAACCACAGAAGGGAGAAGGAAGUAAAUCCCUUUGCAGUGCCCACCCACCCCCCUUUAACAUACCUAGCAGAAAAAAUCCCUGCACCCGUCCAUCUGAAAUUUUCCAGGUUUCUUACCAAAAGCACUUCUCUGUUUUCAUACAAACUGACCCCAGAAUAGGGGAGGUUAAGUUACACCUUUUAAAAACUACCCUCAGACUUGCAGAAUAAGCCACCCUUCUCAAAUUUGUUGGCAAUUAUCUUCUCGGAAGGGACUUCUAGGCCUGGAAAUUUCAUCCAGAAAAGUUUAUUAAAAUAAUAAUAAUAAGCCAAUGUAUCAAAGAUGCCCAACAGACACAAAAAAUCUCCAGUUAUUUAUCUGGAAUCCUUGGCCCAACAGCUGAUCCUGCAAUACUCCCUGAAGGUUAUGAAAGGUUAUGGGAUGCGGGUGGCGCUGUGGUCUAAACCACCGAACCUCUUGGGCAUGGGUAGGCAAACUAAAGCCCGGGGGCCAGAUCCGGCCCAAUCGCCUUCUAAAUCCGGCCUGCGGGCGGUCCGGGAAUCAGCAUGUUUUUAUAUGAGUAGAAUGUGUCCUUUUCUUUAAAAUGCAUCUCUGGGUUAUUUGUGGGGCAUAGGAAUUCAUUCAUAUUUUUUUCCCAAAAUAUAGUCCAGUGCCCCACAAGGUCUGAGGGACAGUGGACUGGCCCCCUGCUGAAAAAAAUUGCUGACCCCUGCUCUUGGGCUUGCUGAUCGGAAGGUCAGCAGUUCGAAUCCCCGCAAUGGAGAGAGCUCCUGUUGCUCUGUUCCAGCUCCUGCCAACCUAGCAGUUCGAAAGCACACCAGUGCAAGUAGAUAAAUAGGUAUCACUGCAGCAGGAAGGUAAACGGCGUUUCCAUGCAUUCUGGCUUCCAUUACAAUGUUCUGUUGCGCCAGAAGCCGUUUAGUCCUGCUGGCCACAUGACCUGGAAAGUUGUCUGUGAGCCAACGCCAGCUCCCUCUGCCUGAAAGCAAGAUAAGUGCCACAACCCCAUAGUCACUUUGGACUGGACUUAACCAUCCAGGGGUCCUGUACCUUUUUUUUAACCUAUGAAAGGAACCAUGAUGGGACUAGGAAGCAACACUGCAAGCUUGCUGUCAGAUACCAGCUACUGAAGUAAAAUAUUACUGAGCAUGAACUAUGCACAUCAGAUAUUUAGAGAAUAUUCUCUAUUAACAUUUGUAAAUAAUAAUUAUCAGAAUUUUUGGAAGCAACACUCUUAGGACAGGCAGAAAUUCAGCAGAUGAUGUUUUCCCCAUCGUUGCUACUGAAUUCUUAUUACCUGUCUCUUAAGACAUAGUGCCUCUUUUAAGAAACAAAAAACCCAAAACCUAUUCACGUGAAGAGUUAAGACACAACUAAAUCAUUGCGCUGAAGCACACCAACUCUUUAUAGGACUGGACUGUGAUCCAUCCAGCUCCUCUGAGCGAAUUGUAAUUCUGGGGAAUAGGUCUACUCAGAUUGAAGUUUGCGUGUGAGCAGUUUGGGCACGUAUGGGUUUAGGUACAGUUAAAGAAACAUGGUUAAACAUUGUGCAGCGUUCCCUUGCGCAUAUGUUCUCAGAAGUAAAGUCCCCGGUGGUGUUCAUUGGGGGCCUACUCACAAACAAGUGUGCACAGAACUGCAGCCUCAUUUUCCUGAGAAAAGAAUUACCUGGGGAAAGUAUGAAAGUCAAAUCAACUCCUGUUGAAGCGUAUUCAUUCUUCAGAUGUCUUAAUGUUGUCACUCAGAUACCUGUUUCGGAUCUGUAUGUGUUUAUGCGUAUGUCCUAUAUAAAAUUAUAAUGUAUUUUGUACUGAUAUGUAGAAAUUGAAGAAAGAAAUCUUCAUCACUUUUUAAUGAAGGAGAAUCUGCAAAAGCACUAGUAUUUGAAAAUCACAGGUUUCGCAAGAAAAAUGAUAGUGAUCUUUAAACUCUGUAAUCUAAAUGUGUUCUGGUGUGGGCAGUUCACAUUGCACAAUAAAGUCUUUUCACCUUA